CACCACCAGUUGAUCCUAGUACUUCAACACAAUACCCCGCUGUAUUGUGCGUUUAAGACGUUCAACUGCAUGUCUUAAGCCUUCACUGAACUGCCGAACAAUCCGCGACAUUUACAAGCGGGAGCGCUUCAUGGUAGACAUUGGCACCGCACUACAAUAUAGAUGGAAUUGUAAUAAUGGAAUACCACUGGGUACUGUUUUCUGUCUUGAUACAGUUAUCCUUCCAAACAGGUAAGACAUAAUAUUGGUCAACAUAGUCUCUCUGCCAACAGUUGUGAGGCUAGUUGUUGUUUUACAGAAGUAUAUUUUAACCACAUAGUGGUGAUUGAUCACACUUCACGAACAUGAUCACCUUGGUCACUAUACUAAAUAGAUUUUUGGAAAUUGUUUUGUUCAUUAUUAUUAUUUGUUCUUUUUUUUGUGGACUAUAAAUAUGUUAUUUCUAUUCAGUUAAGAAUUGUAUUGUAGCCUAGCCUACACCUUUUUCAGCAGAUUUGAACUUUGUAUAGUUUAUGAUUUUGGCAACACCGAUCGUUCAGGACGUAGAGAUAGCCUGUUGGUUAACCUGUAUUUUUACAUUUUGAGUAAGUCACUGAAACCUAAUGAGGAAAUUAGAUAUUUGUGUGCUCAGCAUCAGGUUGCGUUCAUCUCAAUAAUUCAUCUAGUGGACCGGGCACAGCACGGAGACAUUGGCAAAAAGUAAAUAAACAGCGAUUUAUUUAUGAACAGAUUGAUAAGUGACCUCGUUGUAGGCUAAAAAGUGUUUGUUAGACAUUACAAUUAGGAAUAGUUUCUACUAUAUGAUUUGGGAACGUUAGUUCAAUAGUCUAGUAGGACUAUUUGGAUAGGCUCGCUAAAUGGUUUGUUAUUUUCCAAGAGCCUCGAGUCAUUGCCGCAGAUAAGCGCUGUGCUUGUCAUCUCUUGUCAUCUCAGCAUAUAACUGUCAUUAUGGAAAUGUCGAGGAAUUCUUUGGAAGUAGGCAAAUAAGCAGUGGCAUUUUCUAAGAAUUGGUUUUGCAUAGACCUACUGUGGGCCUGUGGCGUUUUAUAUAUUUUUUGUGACCAUUAGCCUAGCCAAUACAGAGAGGCUUUUGUCAUACAUUUUUAUAUCAACAAUUUUUAUAUCAACAUUUGCGUUCAAACUCUGUUUUUUAAGCCUUGUAAUGGUGUUUUGGUGUUAGGGCUUCAUGUACCAUAUAAAACAUAUUUGACACAAUUUACAACAUGCCUCGCCUGUGAAUGUAAUGUCACACCUAUAAUUGCAUGCCUCACCUAUAGAUUUAAUUUAAAGCUUUAAUGAGCAGUAUUGAGCUGUGAGUGGUAGGCCUAUCACUGCUUGUGAUUGCUUACAUGGUUGAAGAAUCAAUCCAAAAAACACCCACUUGAAAACAGGCAAAGACAGAUAAAUAAUGUCAGUUAUCCUGUAAAGUGAUGCUUCCUGAAAUAGAGGAAUGCUUUCUUCUGUAGAGUGGAGUGCAGGGAGGGGGGAUUAAUCUGCACAACCUUGUCUCAGAGCAUUUCGUAUUAUUCUGUACAUAAAUCCGAGACGCUCCAUUUAUGAUGAUAUGUUACAUUUCAUAUGGUUACGUACGAAGAUUGCUUAAGGCAAAAACGAAAGUAGGGUGGAUGGGUGGGCAUAUACCGCGAAUAUCUAGCAACCCAAAGGUUGCGAUUUGAAUAUCAUCACAGACAACUUUAGCAUUUGAGUUUAUUAGCAACUUUUUAGCUACUUUGCAACUACUUAGCAUGUUAGCUAACCCUAACCCUAACAGUUUUACCUAACCCUUCACCUAACCUGCUGCCUGAACGUCUAUCAACUCAAAGGUUGCGAGUUUGAAGAUCAUGACGGACAACAUUAGCAUUUUAGCUAAUUAGCAACUUUUCAACUACUUACUACUUUUUAACUACUUUGCAAAUACUUAGCAUGUUAGCUAACCCUUCCCCCUAACCCUAACCUUAACCCUUUUAGCUAACCCUUAACCUAACCUUAACACUUUUAGCUAAUCCUUCCCCUAACCCUAACCUUAAUCCUUUAACCUAACUCCUAAACUUAACCCUAACCCCUAACCCUAACCCCUAGCCUAUCUAACGUUAGCGAGCUAGCUAACAUUAGCCACCUAGCUAGAAUUCGUAACAUAUCGUUCAUUGAGCAAAUUCGCAACAUAUUGUACAUUUCCAAAUUCAUAACAUAUAACACAUUUUGAAAAUGUGUAAUAUAUAACACGUUUUGAAAAUGUGUUACAUAUUGUACUUUUUGCAAAUUCGUAACAUAUACACCACCAGUCAAAUGUUUGGACACACCUACUCAUUCAAAGGAUUUUCUAUAUUUAUACUAUUUUUGACAUUGUAGAAUGAUAGUGAAGACAUCAAAACUAUGAAAUAACACAGAUGGAAUCAUGUAGUAAACAAAAAAGUGUUAAACAAAUCAAAAUAUAUUUUAUAUUUGAGAUUCUUCAAAUAGCCACCCUUUGCCUUGAUGACAGCUUUGCACACUCAAUUCUCUCAACAAGCUUCACCUGGAAUGCUUUUCCAACAGUCAUGAAGGAGUUCCGACAUAUGCUGAGCACUUGUUGGCUGCUUUUCCUUCACUCUGUGGUCCAACUCAUCCCAAACCAUCUCAAGUGGGUUGAGGUUGGGGGAUUGUGGAGGCCAGGUCAUCUGAUGCAGCACUCCAUCACUCUCCUUCUUGGUAAAAUAGCCCUUACACAACCUGGAGGUGUGUUGGGUCAUUGUCCUGUUGAAAAACAAAUGAUAGUCCCACUAAGCCCAAACCAGAUGGGAUGGCGUAUCACUGCAGAAUGCUGUGGUAGCCAUGCUGGUUAAGUGUGCCUUGAAUUCUAAAUAAAUCACCGGCAUUGUCACCAGCAAAGCACCCCCACAACAUAACACUUCCUCCUCCAUGCUUUACGGUGCAGAGAUCAUCCAUUCACCAACACCGCGUCUCACAAAGACACGGUGGUUGGAACCAAACAUCUCCAAUUUGGACUCCAGACCAAAGGACACAUUUCCACCGGUCUAAUGUCCAUUGCUCGUGUUUCUUGGCCCAAGCAGGUCUCUUCUUGUUAUUGGUGUCCUUUAGUAGUGGUUUCUUUGCAGCAAUUCGACCAUGAAGACCUGAUUCACACAGUCCCCUCUGAACAGUUGAUGUUGAGAUGUGUCUGUGACUUGAACUCUGUGAAGCAUUUAUUUGGGCUGCAAUUUCUGAGGCUGGUAACUCUAAUGAACUUAUCCUCUGCAGCAGAGGUAACUCUGGGUCUUCCAUUCCUGUGGCGGUCCUCAUGAGAGCCAGUUUCAUCAUAGCGCUUGAUGGUUUUUGCGACUGCACUUGAAGAAACUUUCAAAGUUCUUGAAAUGUUCCGUAUUGACUGACCUUCAUGCCUUAAAGUAAUGAUGGACUGUCGUUUCUAUUUGCUUAUUUGAGCUGUUCUUGCCAUAAUAUGGACUUGGUCUUUUACCAAAUAGGGCUAUCUUCUGUAUACCCCCCCCCCCCCCCCCCCCCCCCCCCCACCUUGUCACAACACAACUGAUUGGCUCAAAAGCAUUAAGAAGGAAAUAAAUUCCACAAAUUAACUUUUAAGAAGGCACACGUGUUAAUUGAAAUGCAUUCCAGGUGACUACCUCAUGAAGCUGGUUGAGAGAAUGCCAAGAGUGUGCGAAGCUGUCAUCAAGGCAAAGGGUGGCUAUUUGAAGAAUCUCAAAUAUAAAAUAUAUUUUGAUUUGUUUAACACUUCUUUGGAUACUACAUUUUCCAUAUGUGUUAUUUCAUAGUUUUGAUGUCUUCACUAUUAUUCUACAAUGUAGAAAAUAGUGCAAAUACAGAAAAACCCUUGAAUGAGUAGGUAUGUCCAAACUUUUGACUGGUACUGUAAUACGAAUUGUAAUUCGUAACAUAUCAUACUAAAUGGGUGAUGGACAUCCACAAAUUAAUACGUACCAUAUGAAACGUAACAUAUCAUGCCAAAUUGGGUGUCUCAGAUUUACAUACAGAAUAAUACGAAAUGCUCUGAGUCCAGGUUGGUUUGCAUAGUGGGUUUUGGCUGAUUGGUGGUCUGUUAAAGAGAGCAGCACACAGUAUGUUGUACCUGGUGUGUGUUUGUCCUGGACACAGCCCAGGUAGACCAGUUCUGCCUGCUUCUCACCUGUGCAGGGGUUGUCUGCUCUGAAGGUGGAGUUUAUUUUGUGCUGCGUGCCUGUGGUUUCUUUUUCUUUUCCACUGUUCUAACCCAUCCUCUGCCAAAUUCUAUUUAGGUUAUAUUUAAAGUGUUCUAGUUGACUAUUUCAUACACAAAUAUUUAUGUUGGGUUAAGAGCCGAAGGGCACAUAAGGAAUGGGACGGGAGAUAACUUGUUUGGCCUUCAAGGCAAAAUGAAUAUGACACUCCUCCCAUGCUGAUAUUGCUGCAGGUAUAUUUCAAGUUGUGCCAAGAAUUGUACAUGGUGCAUCGUUUUACAUCUUUGCCAAAGCGAUAACUCACCUGUCAUUUUUCAGUCAUAAAGUGGUGUCAAUAUAUUGCUAGGAGUGCUAUGAUAAUGAUUGGUAUUACUAUCAAAGUGCAUGCAAAACAAGCUCUGAGGCUCUUGUCUACCCAUCCUCAGUAUUGACGUACAUUUCUAGCAGAUGAGGCUGGUGGGAGGAGCUAUAGGAGGACGGGCUCAUUGUAAUGGCUGGAAUGGAAUAAAUGAAAUGGAUGUGGUUUCCAUAUGUUUGAUAUGUUUGAUACCGUUCCAUUAAUUCCCUUCCAGUCAUUACAAUGAGCCUAUCCUCCUAUAGCUCCUACCACCAGCCUCCUCUGAUUUCUAGCCUAGUAUUACUGUUGAAGUACCUGCAGUGCACUCUUUGCUGUUAAAGAAAGGUACUUCUCCUUCUUACUUAUUUACUCCAUUUUGUUAAUCAUACCUGUACUCUUCACCCUUAAUCCACCUAAACACAAUUUAGUGAAAGCCUCCCAUAUAAAACUGAAUUGUCAUUAGCCUAAAGAAACUGAUCAAGGUCUAUUGGAAACUAACUGUUAUGAUGUCUGUGCUGCAGCCUUUAUGUUAUGUGUUAUAUGGCUCUGAGUGAGGACAGUGACGUGUUAUGAUUACGUUUUCAGUGACUAUGUGUAUGAUAUCCAGAGCCUGUUUGAUCAAUACUGUAAUGACCAUCCCAACCAUGUUACUACAGGCAGCGCCAGACCCACCAUCACCCCCAGAGGCCUCCACCUGGUCAUUCCACUCAACGCCCCCCUCAGCCUGCUUUGCCAGGGUGACCAGGUGGUGCAAUGGCAGCGGGAGGACCGUCCCAAGCUGAGGGGUGAGGAGCGGACUAAUGGGGCGUCCAUCCUGAAAAUCCCCAGAGCUCAGCCUGGCCACAUGGGCCGAUACAUCUGUCUGGAGGAGAGAACCGGAGAGCAGAGCUCUGUCUACGUCUACGUCAAAGGUGUGUGUGUGUGUGUGUGUUUCUGACUCAACAUUCAUAGCCCUGUGUGCCUGUGUGGGCAUGUAUGUGAGAGUUUUUAUGUGUAUAAGGCAGUGGUUCUCAAUCCUGGUACUGGGGACCCAUAGGGGUGCGCAUUUUAGUUUUUGCCCUAACACUACACACCUGAUUAAAAUCAUCAAAGCCUGAUGACGAGUUGAUGAUUUGAAUCAGGUGUGUAGUGUUAGGGCAAAAACAAAAAUGUGUACCCCUUUGGGUCCCCAGGACCAGGAUUGAGAACCACUGGUAUAAGGGUAUGAGUGAGUGAGUGAGUGAGUAAGUGAAUGAAAUAGAGAGAAAGAGGGGGUGGGACAAAGUUUGUAAGCGAGAAAGGUAACGUUUUUUUGUCUGAUCUCAGAGAGGCUUGUGAACAUUUCUUUGAGGAAGUGAUAAAACAUUUUUUUAGAGGGGCACUGUGUGUGGGUGUGUUUGUGCAUGAAGGUGUUUACUGGAUUGAUAGGUAUUUGGAUCAGUCUUUGGAUCUUCAACACUACCUGGACUAGUACCAUGACCAUAGGGCAGUACAUCUGGAUAGAACUGCUUAUUUCUUGGAAAGUGCCUACAGUGUGUGUGCACAUGCAUGUGUGUAUGUGUGUCAGCGAUUGAUUGAUUAUUAGCUAAAGAUCAAACUGGAUCUGUCUCCAUGUUUGAAUAACAUAAUUAGCACAAUCUCCUAAUCUCUUCUCUCAGAACUAUACACACAGUACUCUGGACAUCGUUCCAUAUACUUGAGGCUGUUUUCAUACCACACUGUUGAUUUAAAGUUGUUUGUUUUUGGCAGAUCCUGAUAAUGCCUUUAGAAAGACCAUAGUGUUCAGUAUCCUGACUCGUGCGGGAGACAGUGCCUCCAUCCCCUGCCUAGCAACCGACCCGGGAGUGGUCAACCUACGCCUGGAGCCGUGCCAUGGCAGUGCCCUCCCUAAUGGUCUCCACUAUGCUGCCAGCCUGGAGCGGGGCAUAGUUAUCUAUGACACUAAGAAGGCCUUUGAGGGCUGUUACAUCUGCACUGGCAGACUGGGCGGUGCCCUCGUUAAAUCACACAACUAUGAUCUGACUGUGCGACCAGGUAAUAAAACAUUAACUGUGCGUGCAUCUGCGCAUGUAGGCACUCGCACAUUCACUCCUGUGUUUGUGUUCUGGGAUGUGAAGUACUGUAUCCGUGAUAUAGUUUAUUUUAUAUUCUCCAUUUUUUAACUCAGUCCCAGAUGUGCCUCCUAUGAUUGAGAUGCAGGGGCCCAAGAGGGUGGUCCUGACGCGGGGCCAGAAUCUCACCCUGACCUGCAGCACCACCAACGUCAACGGAGACAUCAAGCUGAAGUGGGCCGCUCCGCCCGGCAAGGUGAGAACCCUUUGCCCUCUCUCUAGGGGUUGGCCAGGGAGGCUAGAGGGAUACCUAGAGGACAGCUCUCCAAUAGACUGACUGGAAGAGAUUGGAAUUUUAUUACAUUUACAUUUACAUUUUAGUCAUUUAGCAGACGCUCUUAUCCAGAGCGACUUACAGGAGCAAUUAGGGUUAAGUGCCUUGCUCAAGGGCACAUUUACGUCAUUUAGCAGACGCUCUUAUCCAGAGCGACUUACAAAUUGGUGCAUUCACCCUAUUGGAAUAGAGCAAAAGUUAGAUGUCUUUUUUAUUAGAUUCUUUACAUUUAUAAGAAAUAUCUCAGAAGAACGUUUGCUAGAGAGUCCAAAAUGCUCCAAGUCUGAAACAUCAGUAUCUUGAGAAACUAGUGUGAUGUUCAGUUGGCUGUGUGUGUAUGUUUACUGCGUCUCAGGGUCCUGAGGGGUGUGUGUGUGUGUAUGUGUGAGAGAGAGGAAAGCCCUCCUGUCCCCCUGCCCGGGGAGGGAAGGAAUGCGGCCCAGACCAGACAGGGUUAAUCUCUAUAGAUCUCUGGGUGUUGAUUGACAGGAUGCCGUGUGGGCUUCGUCUCCACAGCAACCGGCAGUGGAGAAUGGCUCACGCAUCCUGACUGAGCCCAUCACACACGUCCGCAGCGCUACACUCCACAUCAACUCUGUCGGGACACAGGAUUCUGGGAGAUAUCGAUGUGAGGGUCAGAAUGAGAAGGGGAUCAGCUCUGAGUCAAUCUGGCUGGACGUCUAUGGUGAGUAUAUGGCAUUACAGUGUACUGCUGAUCUAUAUUGAAAUUCUCAAUUUGAAUGGGUUGUAUUAUGUAUUUCCAUAACGUGAAACUAUUGCAACACUCAUUGGAAAACCAAAGUGGAAAUGGAGUGGUUUUGUUAAGAAGAUUCAAAGGUAUUUUCAUGUGGGUGACUGUCAGUGUGUCUGACCUGUGGGUUGUUGUAUGUCUUCCAGAUAGAGGUUUCAUCAACCUGGCUCCGUCAGAUAACAGUACUGUGCGUGUGCGUGCUGGGGAGAGUCUGUCCCUGCGUGUGGACAUGGAGGCCUAUCCCAAACCACACACCUUCUCCUGGAGCUUCUCAGGCCAGCAGUUGAGGAACACCUCCGACUUUGUCAUCACCACACAGAACCACCAACACAGGUAUACACACACGCAAGCACACACACCAGGGUUUCUGUUAGGAUAAUCUGGUACCGGACAAGUGACCGGUAAGAUUUAAUUUAUCAGACAUUAAAGAAAUUGACCUGUCAUCCAUAUGCAUUGGGUGCGUAACCCAUUAGGCCAUCCACCCACGCAGCCAGUGACAUCAAUAAAUUAGAGAUAUUGGCCAAAUUAGCCACAUUUAUGUGUCCUUAAAAACAGCCUAUAACUAAUUAUAAAAACACUAUUCCUUGCAUUUGGAUCUGUAGCAUAUGCAAAACUUUAGCCUAUUGUUUUAUUGGUUUUUACUUUCCUAAAAUAAUAAUGAUCCACCUCACGGUUCAGCUGUCUGAGAUUUCAGCACUAAAUGCAUCAGGGCAUUGCAUGCAUACUUUGCAAACAAUAAUGAGUUGUUAGGACGUCACGAAAUGGUCUCCUAAAGUCAUCAGGACGUUGUGUCAUGGGCGCCGGAGAUCAGAAUGGCGCUGGAGAAGAUGGCUGCCGUUUUACAGCCCUCUAACCAAUUGUACUAUUAUGUGUGUUUUUUCGCGUUAUUUGUAAUUUAUUCUGUACAAAAUGUUUCUUUUCUGACCAAAAAGAGCUUCUGGAUAUCAGGACAGCAAUUACUCACCUCGUAUUGGACGAAGAUUUUUUCUUCAACGAGUCGGACGCGAAGGAUAUUCUACAGACACCCGACAAGGCCCAAAUCGCCGUCAUUCGCAUGAGAAAGAGACAGAGAUAUCAUGGACAUAGGUCGGGGUGCCUUGUAAGGAUCCGACGGUGAGCGAGCAAACUGCCUCUUCCAUCAAUCCUAUUAGCCAAUGUUCAAUCAUUUGAAAACAAAUUGGAUGACCUAAGACUAUAUACUACCAACGGGACAUUAAAAACUGUAAUAUCUUAUGUUUCACUGAGUCGUGGCUGAACGACGACAUGGAUAACAUACAGCUAGCGGGUUAUACGCUACAUCGGCAAGAUAGAACGGCUGACUCUGGUAAGACAAGGGGUGGCGGUCUGUGUAUAUUUGUAAACAACAGCUGGUGCAUAAAAUCUAAUACUAAGGAAGUCUCAAGGUUUUGCUCGCCUGAGGUAGAGUAUCUCAUGAUAAGCUGUAGACCACACUAUUUACCAAGAGAGUUUUCAUCUAUAUUUUUUGUAACUGUCUAUCUACCACCACAAACCGAUGCUGGCACUAAGAUAGCACUCAAUGAGCUGUGUAAGGCCAUAAACAGACAGGAAAACGCUCAACCAGAGGCAGCACUCCUAGUGGCCGGGGAUUUUAAUGCAGGGAAACUUAAAUCCAUUCUACCUAAUUUCUAUGUUAAAUGUGCAACCAGAAAAAAAAAAAAAAAAACUCUAGACCAGCUUUACUCCACCCACAGAUGGCAUUGAGGAGUACACCACAUCAGUCACUGGCUUCAUCAAUAAGUGCAUCGAUGACGUUGUCCCCACAGUGACUGUACGUACAUACCCCAACCAGAAGCCAUGGAUUACAGGCAACAUCCACAGCUAAAGGGUAGAGCUGCCGCUUUCAAAGAGCGGGACUCUAACCCGGAAGCUUAUAAGAAAUCCCGCUAUGCCCUCCAACUAACCAUCAAACAGGCAAAGAGUCAAUGCAGGACUAAGAUUGAAUCGUACUACACCGGCUCUGACGCUCGUCGGAUGUGGCAGGGCUUGAAAACGAUUACAGACUACAAAGGGAAGCACAGCCGCAAACUGCCCAGUGAUACAAGCCUACCAGACGAGCUAAAUCACUUCUAUGCUCGCUUCGAGGCAAGCAACACUGAAGCAUUCAUGAGAGCAUCAGCUGUUCCGGAUGACUAUGUGAUCACGCUCUCCGUAGCCGAUGUGAGUAAGACUUUUAAGCAGGUCAACAUUCACAAGGCCUCAGGGCCAGACGUAUUACCAGGACGUGUACUCCGAGCAUGUGCUAACCAACUGGCAAGUGUCUUCACUGACAUUUUCAAUAUGUCCCUGACUGAGUCUGUAAUACCAACAUGUUUCAAGCAGACCACCAUAGUCCCUGUGCCCAAGGACACUAAGAUAACCUGCCUAAAUGACUACCGACCCGUACCACUCACGUCUGUAGCCAUGAAGUGCUUUGAAAGGCUGGUCAUGGCUCACAUCAACACGAUUAUCCCAGGAACCCUAGACCCACUCCAAUUUGCAUACCGCCCCAACAGAUCCACAGAUGAUGCAAUCUCUAUUGCACUCCACACUGCCCUUUCCCACCUGGACAAGAGAAACACCUACGUGAGAAUGCUAUUCAUUGACUACAGCUCAGCGUUCAACACCAUAGUGCCCUCAAAGCUCAUCACUAAGCUAAGGAUCCUGGGACUAAACACCUCCCUCUGCAACUGGAUCCUGGACUUCCUGACAGGCCGCCCACAGGUGGUAAGGGUAGGUAACAACACGUCUGCUACGCUGAUCCUCAACACGGUGGCCGCUCAGGGGUGCGUGCUCAGUCCCCUCCUGUACUCCCUGUUCACCCAUGACUGCAUGGCCAGGCAUGACUCCAACACCAUCAUUAAGUUUGCCGACGACACAACAGUGGUAGGCCUGAUCACCGACAAUGAUGAGACAGCCUAUAGGGAGGAGGUCAGAGACCUGGCCGUGUGGUGCCAGGAUAACAACCUCUCCCUCAAUGUGAUCAAGUCAAAGGAGAUGAUUGUGGACUACAGGAAAAAGAAGAGGACUGAGCACGACCCCAUUCUCAUCGACGGGGCUGUAGUGGAGCAGGUUGAGAGCUUCAAAUUCCUUGGUGUCCACAUCACCAACGAACUAUCAUGGUCCAAACACACCAAGACAGUCGCGAAGAGGGCACGACAAAACCUAUUCCCCCUCAGGAGACUGAAUUGAUUUGGCAUGGGUCCUCACAUCCUCAAAAAGUUCUACAGCUGCACCAUCGAGAGCAUCCUGACUGGUUGCAUCACCGCCUGGUAUGGCAACUACUCGGCCUCCGACCGCAAGGCACUACAGACGGCCCCCCCCCCCCCCCCCCCAACCCCAUCCCAUUCCCCUCUGUUACGCUGCUACUACUCUGUUGACUAUUUAUGCAUAAUCACUUUAACUCUACCCACAUGUACAUAUGACCUCAAUUACCUCGACUAACCGGUGCCCCCACACCGGUACCCCCUGUAUAUAGCCUCUCUACUGCUAUUUUAUUUUACUGCUGCUCUUUAGCUAUUUGGUUUUAUUUUUUAUUUUUCUUAAUUAAGACUUUUUUAUUUUACAUUUUUCUUUAAAAAACUGCAUUGUUGGUUAAGGGCUUGUAAGUAAGCAUUUCACUGUAAUGUCUACACCUGUUGUAUUCGGCUCAUGUGGCAAAAACAAUUUGAUUUGAUUAGAUUUUUGAUUAGAGGUUUUGUCUAGUUCCUGGUUGGUCACGAGGACAUCCCUGAGGAAGUAUUUAGGACAUUCUUGGGAUGUUGUGUCAUGGUCCGUUGAAGGUUUUGUCUAGUUCCCAGUUUGUCCCGGGGACAUCAUCUGAUGGUCGCAAAGAAACGUUCUCCCACAAAAAAAAAUAGUUUUAACCAGGGCACACGCACCCUAGUUUCAUUACUCAUCAUACUUUGUUACUGUUGCCAUGACCAUCAAGGCCCUGAUUGGUGAACCACUGAUCCAGUCACUGCUCUUUUUCUUUUGGAAAUGUUAGGGACACACAUACAAACACACACAGUGCUUUUAACAUGCAGUGUUUUCAACUUGAUUACAUUGUGUAUGUUUAUUCCUACUGUAAUUAUUAUUUAACAUGUCUUCAUCUAGGAUUUGAGCUCACAACCUCUUGGUUCACAGCAUUCCAAGCUUCCUGCUAUUCCACGAUGUCUGUAUUAAUGACUGAUUUCACCUGUAGGUCUAUUCCUACACUUAGCACUUCAAAGUAAAUCUCAUCUCUGUUAAAAAUACACUGAAGAGGCCUCCCGAGUGGCGCAGCGGUCUAUGGCACUGAAUCGCAGUGCUAGAGGCGUCACUACAGACCCGGGUUCGAUCACCGGCUGUAUCACAACCGGCCGUGAUCGGGAGUCCCAUAGGGUGGUGCACAAUUGGCCCAGUGUCGUCGGUGGGGCUUUACUUGGCUCAUCGUGCUCUAGAGACUCCUUGUGGCGGGCUGGGCACCUGCAGGCUGACCUCGGUUGUCAGUUGAACAGUGUUUCCUCCGACACAUUGGUGUGGCUGGCUUCCUGGUUAAGCAGGCAGGUGUUAAGAAGCGUGGUUUGGCGGGUUAUGUUUUAGAGGACGCAUGAGUCGACCUUUGCCUCCCGAGCCUGUUGGGGAGUUGCAGCAAUGAGACAAGAUCGAAAAAGGAGAUAAUAAUAAUAAUACUAAAAUAUAAAUACACUGAAGAAAAACUAUUACAUUUAUCAUAGUGAUUCAGGAGUAACAUUAAAACAGAAUAAUUUGCCCCAUCAACAUUAGACAACCAUUCUGAAAACCCAAACUCAAAUUGCCGAAAUAAGGAAAUGAAAUCAAUGAGAGAAUAGUCAGAUUAUCUGAUAACUAAAAUAGCAGUGCAGAUGGCACUCUUUUUCUAAGUGCAGAGAUGUAUUAUAGGUAAUGAAUGUGUAGGGGAUUUCCAAAAAGUGUUGUGCAGCAGAAAGAUCAGCAUACCCCAAAUCCAGAGGUAGUGAGUUCAAAUCUCAGGUGGGGUCAUAUUGAAAAGUAAAUAUUAAGUGAUCAUGUCAAAUGUAAUCAUAUUGUCAUUGAUUAAAGAUUCUACACUAUUUUAGCUGAACAGUGUACCACUUACGUUAAAACCCCCAUACCAUUUACUUUACUUAUAAUGGUUUGGGACAACUGGGACCAUCACGUGACAAGAACCUCCAGGGGACCAUGACACAAUGUCCGAAGAAAAAACGUCCUCGGGGACGUCCAUGGGACCAACCGGAACUAGACAAAACCUCCAGGGGACCAUGACACAAUGUCCUAAAAACGUCCCCGGAACAAACCAGAGAACGUUCCCUUGGGACCAUCAUGCGACGUCCUAAGGACUAGUAAAGUCCUGAGAAUGUCCUAAAAAGAUCCUGCCAUAUUCCUGACAUGGUCCUCAGUGACAUCCUGGGAACUUCAAGGGAACUAAACAAAGGUCCCUCAGAGAACAUUCCAUUGGGACUAUUACGCGAUUUCCUAAGGACUAGUAAAAUGAAAGUCCUGAGAACGUCCUAAAAAAGUCCUGACAUCGUCCUCAGUGAUGUCCUGUGAACUUACAGGGAACUAGACGAAGGUCCCCCAGAGACCGUUCCCUUGGGACCAUCACUUAACAUUCUUAGAACAUUCCCAGAACAUCAGUGGGAUAAUGUUGCGCCGAAACCCUUAAGGGACAUAGUGGGAAUGUUGCCGAAUGUCCUCAGGACGUCCCCUGUUUGCUGGGUAGGUCUAUUGGCUUAGGUGUCCACUGUAUUAUAUGAAUGUUUUUUUAAUAAUAUAAAGGAAGAGAAGCUUAGGCCUAGCCCCUGAGAGAUAGAGAUAUGCUGGCGGCAUGCUAAGACACUGACAUGAAUUUAUUUAUACUUGUCUGAUAGGUUACUGUGUCUGCUAUACAGAUAUAGGCAUACAGAAAGAGGCUAAUUCGUAAAUUUUCGAUUCAAAUAUGUUUUUGAAGGAUGAGCAUUAUAUUGUUAUAUGAUAGGAGUAAUUCUGGUAGGCCUAAAACAUUCUUCCUCACCUCAAGUUCAGCUGUCGGAGUCAGUUGGAGCACCGGUGCGCAGUGCCUUCAUAUCAUAGGCCUGCAGUAUAUUAGGCUAAUAGCCAAACCAGACCAAAUCUUCACAAACGUUUCUAAACUUUAUUAGAGUAAUAUCAAAAGUAAGUCAAGCCAUUGUUUUUCGGGAAAAUACGAACAGGAUAAAUGAUAUUGCGGUAAACACAACAUUACAGUUGGAACUUAAUUUGGCCAAAGAAAAUGGCUCAACAGAAUGAAACAACGCACUCGCAAACGGGUUUAAACCUUCACAAAAGUUUUGAACAGGCUAUAUUGCAGCAAUUACCAAGAAAGGCUAGUGCCUACCAUACCCAACAAAUGACAGAAAUAGGCUAAUUAUAUUUAUUUUACAACAUGCCUACUUAUAACCCAUCUUAAACUAAAUACGGAGCACACAAUUAAAAAGACAGAUCUAACUUAAUUUAGCCAACGAAAAUGUCUCAACAGAUUGAAACAAAACACAUUUAGCAUAUUUUAAAGAACUGGUUUGGGUUAAUAAAUAGGCCUACAAUAAUAACAAUGAUAUAAACAAUUUAAAAUAUAAUGAGAAAACAAAUGAUUAUAAAUACGAAAAUAUAAAACAAGGAAAGUUCAAAAAUUGCUUCCUACCUGAAGAACGAGUUGCACAGUAGCCUACAUUUGGCCGCGACAACAUUCUUCUCAUCUUUGUUUACUACAAUAUUAAAACAUUUCCAUACGGAGGACAUUCCCAUUUGAGCAGGGCUCCAGAUUAAAAUGUUCCCCUGGUGGCACCAGCCCAUGAUUAUAAAGUAAUUCACAGUGUAAUAGACUACUAAUCCAGUGAUUGUCAUGCAUUGUAGGUAGACAAUGAUGCAAUUGUUGUUAUAUCUUACUUUUAAAAUAGAGCUCCAGAAUUUUCAAUUUCUUUUGCAUCUUUAUGUGCUCUAAUAUCAUAGGCUAAUUUAUUUGGGGCUAAUUCACCACCUGAGGAAGUGGAAACACUCAAAACACAUUAGCUAGAUCACUAACUCUAAAGAUAAUACCCACUCAUAGUAGCCAUGUAUUAAUUUAACAGUACAUUUAAUGUCUGUCAGAAGGUGUGCUGUGAAGGUGUGGUGCAGGAAUCAAGCGCAGGACGCAGGAACUUAGUCCAAUAGACUUUAGUGAACCAAAACUCAAAACGAGUCAAAAGAGCUUGGAUACGAGCGAUUACGCACACAGGCGUAAAAUCUAACAAAAUAACAAUAACGCACAAACACGUGCGAGAACUUCUCCAACACAGAGGAGAGAACGAAGCACAGACAUACACGACAGCAAGUUCAAUCACACACAACACAUGACAAACACAACGAGAACUUAUAGGACAAUAAUGAACGCUAAACGAUAACAGGUGUACAACAUCAAGACAAAACCAAACGAACAUCGAAACAUACAACGGUGGCAGCUAGUACUCCGGAGACGACGACCGCCGAAGCCUGCCCGAGCCGAAACCGUGACAAUGUCCAAAAAAACUUGUUGUAGCCUAUUGUCCAAUGAGGCCUAUGCACUCCCAAUGGCCAAUGCGCAUUGAGAUAAAAAUAAAAAGUAUACCUACAGAAAGCUGAGAACAUAUUCUCUCCAUCUGUGAGAACAGGAUAGCUGUGUUUGCCCAGCAAUUGUAUAUUCAAAUGUUAUACAAUCAGAACACUUUUCUUUCUCCCUGAGCUUUUUUUUUCCCCGGGAAAGGAGAGAGAGAGAGAGAGAGAGUGGCUCGCUGAACACAGAAACAGAUCCCAGCGAAACAGGUACAGGGGCAGGCAGGCAGACACUUUCAUUACAGGAAUCAUGAGGAUAAUGAACUUUACUGUUUGAACAAAUCAUGUUUUUAGCCUCCUAAAAAAUAGGAUGUUUUUAGUGAGGUAAAUGAAUGUGCAGCCCGCACAGAUGCUCCAGACUGCGAUAAAUUUUUUUACUUGCACAGCCAAGUCAAAGGGUCGCAAAAUGCAACUAAAUGAUCGCAGUCUGGAGCCCUGCCUUGUAGGCUUUUCACUAAAGGCGUACUCUCUAACUUUUGUUUUACUUCAAUGAAAAAGGCCUCCAUCUUCGCAAUCAACAGUAGCCUAGACCAAGGCUCCUCUCGCUUUCUCUCUCUCCUCAGCCACAGGGCUACCCCAGAGAAUUUGGCCGGAAUAACAAAUAAAUAAUCAGCUGUUAAUUUAUUUUAUCAGCCAAAAUCCGGCAAUUACCGGCUAAUGGAAAACCUGACACACACACACGCACACACGCACAAAUCUAACAUAAACACACUCUCCUUGCCCUGGGCCUACCACAUGAUGAAUGUGUUCAUUACACCCUCUCACUGAAAUGUAACACCUUUGGUUCCUAACUGGCCCUGGGUCAUUGAGAGAUGAUUACACUUUUAUGCAACACCCAGCCUUUCCCUGGCUCUACUUUACCACACUCCAGAGCUGCCUGAGAAAUUCAGUAAAAAUUAAUUAGUGCCUCUGGGCUUUUUGUGUGUGCUGGAGUACUGUGCAGUUGAACUGUGGAGAAAUAACUGGCUUUCAGGUGGUAAAGAAUCAUGAGGCGGCAGUUUCUGAACCAAGCCUGGUAUUGUGUUGAUCAUGAGGUGGUUUACUUCAAUAAAUCAGCUGCAUUAACACCAGUUGUUUUUUAAAUUUUUGUUGUUAAUGUUGAUUCAAUCACCAGGUACAACAGUGAGCUCAGGCUGGUGCGUUUGAAAAUGUCAGAGAGUGGAGUCUACACCUUUUAUGCCUCCAAUGAUGAUGCAACAAUCAAUCAGUCAUUUUCGGUCUACGUUAUCAGUAAGUCGUAGCAUUAUAUUCUCUAAAGAUGCCAUGGAGCCACGCAUACAUUAUGUUGGGAAAUGGGCAGUCAGAGACUUCUGCAUACUGUCAAUAUGAUGUAAUUAAUAAUUAACAUGAUAUGGCAUUUAUGACUAGAUUUUCACAGACCAUUCAGCGUAUGUAUUAAAGCCCAACACCUCUUUCGCCCCAACUACAGUAACCCAGAGCAUUACAGUUGAUUUACAUGCUAAGUAUCCCCACCUGGCAUCAACACUAACAUUCUGCUCCUGUCAGGUAAACCAGAGAUUGUAUCUCAUGAUGGCCCAGUAAAUGGACAGGUGCGAUGUGUAGCUGAGGGAUACCCCGCCCCACAGAUCACCUGGUACUACUGCGAACAGCCUUAUAUGAGGUGAGAUCACUGGGGUAACACACACACAUACUCGCAAUGACAUGCUAUGAUUGGACUGUGUUGAUAGAUCGAGGGAAUUUAGAAAUUGAACUGUAAUGACUAAAAGGGAUAAUUCAGGAUUUUGGCAAUGAAACCCGUUAUUUCUUCCUCUGACCUUGAUCUUCCUAAUAUUUCUAUAUACAGUACCAGUCAAAAGUUUGGACACACCUACUCAUUCAAGGGUUUUUCUUUAUUUUUACUAUUUUCUACAUUAUAGAAUAAUAGUGAUGACAUCAAAACGAUGAAAUAACACAUAUGGAAUUAUGUAGUAAACAAAAAAGUGUUAAAUCAAAAUAUAUUUGAAUUUGAGAUUCUUCAAAGUAGCCACACUCAUGGCAUUUUCACAACCAGCUUCACCUGGAAUGCUUUUCCAACAGUCUUGAAGGUUCCCACAUAUGCUGAGCACUUGUUGGCUGCUUUUCCUUCACUCUGCGGUCCAACUCAUCCCAAACCAUCUCAAUUGGGUUGAGGUCUGGUGAUUGUGGAGGCCAGGUCAUCUGAUGCAGCACUCCAUCACUCUCCUUCUUGGUCAAAUAGCCCUUACACAGCCUGGAGGUGUGUUGGGUCAUUGUCCCGUUGAUAAACAAAUGAUAGUCCCACUAAGCGCAAACCAGAUGGGAUGGCGUAUUGCUGCAGAAUGUUGUGAUAGCCAUGCUGUUUUAGUGUGCCUUGAAUUCUAAAUAAAUCACAGACAGUGUCACCAGCAAAGCAACCCCACACCAUCAAACCUCCUCCUCCAUGCUUCACGGUGGGAACCACACACAGAGAUCGGAUUGACAGACCUUCAUGUCUUAAAGUAUUGAUGGACUGUCGUUUCUUGCUUACAGUGGGGGAAAAAAGUAUUUAGUCAGCCACCAAUUGUGCAAGUUCUCUCACUUAAAAAGAUGAAAGAGGCCUGUAAUUUUCAUCAUAGGUACAUGUCAACUAUGACAGACAAAAUGAGGAAAAAAAUCCAGAAAAUCACAUUGUAGGAUUUUUAAUGAAUUUAUUUGCAAAUUAUGGUGGAAAAUAAGUAUUUGGUCAAUAACAAAAGUUUCUCUAUACUUUGUUAUAUACCCUUUGUUGGCAAUGACACAGGUCAAACGUUUUCUGUAAGUCUUCACAAGGUUUUCACACACUGUUGCUGGUAUUUUGGCCUAUUCCUCCAUGCAGAUCUCCUCUAGAGCAGUGAUGUUUUGGGGCUGUCGCUGGGCAACACAGACUUUCAACUCCCUCCAAAGAUUUUCUAUGGGGUUGAGAUCUGGAGACUGGCUAGGCCACUCCAGGACCUUGAAAUGCUUCUUACGAAGCCACUCCUUCGUUGCCCAGGCGGUGUGUUUGGGAUCAUUGUCAUGCUGAAAGACCCAGCCACGUUUCAUCUUCAUUGCCCUUGCUGAUGGAAGGAGGUUUUCACUCAAAAUCUCACGAUACAUGGCCCCAUUCAUUCUUUCCUUUACACGGAUCAGUCGUCCUGGUCCCUUUGCAGAAAAACAGACCCAAAGCAUGAUGUUUCCACCCCCAUGCUUCACAGUAGGUAUGGUGGUCUUUGGAUGCAACUCAGCAUUCUUUGUCCUCCAAACACGACGAGUUGAGUUUUUACCAAAAAGUUAUAUUUUGGUUUCAACUGACCAUAUGACAUUCUCCCAAUCCUCUUCUGGAUCAUCCAAAUGCACUCUAGCAAACUUCAGACGGGCCUGGACAUGUACUGGCUUAAGCAGGGGGACACGUCUCGCACUGCAGGAUUAGAGUCCCUGGCGGCGUAGUGUGUUACUGAUGGUAGGCUUUGUUACUUUGGUCCCAGCUCUCUGCAGGUCAUUCACUAGGUCCCCCCGUGUGGUUCUGGGAUUUUUGCUCACCGUUCUUGUGAUCAUUUUGACCCCACGGCGUGAGAUCUUGCGUGGAGCCCCAGAUCGAGGGAGAUUAUCAGUGGUCUUGUAUGUCUUCCAUUUCCUAAUAAUUGCUCCCACAGUUGAUUUCUUCAAACCAAGCUGCUUACCUAUUGCAGAUUCAGUCUCCCCAGCCUGGUGCAGGUCUACAAUUUUGUUUCUGGUGUCCUUUGACAGCUCUUUGGUCUUGGCCAUAGUAGAGUUUGGAGUGUGACUGUUUGAGGUUGUGGACAGGUGUCUUUUAUACUGAUAACAAGUUCAAACAGGUGCCAUUAAUACAGGUAACGAGUGGAGGACAGAGGAGCCUCUUAAAGAAGAAGUUACAGGUCUGUGAGAGCCAGAAAUCUUGCUUGUUUGUAGGUGACCAAAUACUUAUUUUCCACCAUAAUUUGCAAAUAAAUUCAUAAAAAAUCCUACAAUGUGAUUUUCUGGAAUUUUUUCUCUCUCUAUUUGUCUGUCAUAGUUGACGUGUACCUAUGAUGAAAAUUACAGGCCUCUCUCAUCUUUUUAAGUGGGAGAACUUGCACAAUUGGUGGCUGACUAAAUACUUUUUUCCCCCACUGUAUUUGAGCUGUUCUUACCAUAAUAUACCACCCCUACCUUGUCACAACACAACACUUUUUUGGUUACUACAUGAUUCCAUACAGUGGGGGAAAAAAGUAUUUGAUCCCCUGCUGAUUUUGUACAUUUGCCCACUGACAAAGAAAUGAUCAGUCUAUAAUUUUAAUGGUAGGUUUAUUUGAACAGUGAGAGACAGAAUAACAACAAAAACAUCCAGAAAAACACGUCAAAAAUGUUAUAAGUUGAUUUGCAUUUUUAUGAGGGAAAUAAGUAUUUGACCCACUCUCAAUCAGAAAGAUUUCUGGCUCCCAGGUGUCUUUUAUAAAGGUAACGAGCUGAGAUUAGGAGCACACUCUUAAAGGGAGUGCUCCUAAUCUCAGUUUGUUACCUGUAUAAAAGACACCUGUCCACAGAAGCAAUCAAUCAAUCAGAUUCCAAACUCUCCACCAUGGCCAAGACCAAAGAGCUCUCCAAGGAUUUCAGGGACAAGAUUGUAGACCUACACAAGGCUGGAAUGGGCUACAAGACCAUCGCCAAGCAGCUUGGUGAGAAGGUGACAACAGUUGGUGCGAUUAUUCGCAAAUGGAAGAAACACAAAUGAACUGUCAAUCUCCCUCGGCCUGGUCCUCCAUGAAAGAUCUCACCUCGUGGAGUUGCAAUGAUCAUGAGAAUGGUGAGGAAUCAGCCCAGAACUACACGGGAGGGUCUUGUCAAUGAUCUCAAGGCAGCUGGGACCAUAGUUUCCAAGAAAACAAUUGGUAACACACUAUGCCGUGAAGGACUGAAAUCCUGCAGCGCCCGCAAGGUCCCCCUGCUCAAGAAAGCACAUAUACAUGCCCGUCUGAAGUUUGCCAAUGAACAUCUGAAUGAUUCAGAGGAGAACUGGGUGAAAGUGUUGUGGUCAGAUAAGACCAAAAUUGAGCUCUUUGGCAUCAACUCAACUCGCCGUGUUUGGAGGAGGAGGAAUGCUGCCUAUGACCCCAAGAACACCAUCCCCACAUGGAGGUGGAAACAUUAUGCUUUGGGGGUGUUUUUCUGCUAAGGGGACAGGACAACUUCAUCGCAUCAAAGGGACGAUGGACGGGGCCAUGUACCGUCAAAUAUUGGAUGAGAACCUCCUUCCCUCAGCCAGGGCAUUGAAAAUGGGUCGUGGAUGGGUAUUCCAGCAUUACAAUGACCCAAAACACACGGCCAAGACAACAAAGGAGUGGCUCAAGAAGAAGCACAUUAAGGUCCUGGAGUGGCCUAGCCAGUCUCCAGACCUUAAUCCCAUAGAAAAUCUGUGGAGGGAGCUGAAGGUUCGAGGUGCCAAAAGUCAGCCUCGAAACCUUAAUGACUUGGAGAAGAUCUGCAAAGAGGAGUGGGACAAAAUCCCUCCUGAGAUGUGUGCAAACCUGGUGGCCAACUACAAGAAACAUCUGACCUCUGUGAUUGCCAACAAGGGUUUUGCCACCAAAUACUGAGUCAUGUUUUGCACAGGGGUCAAAUACUUAUUUCCCUCAUUAAAAUGCAAAUCAAUUCAUAACAUUUUUGACAUGUGUUUUUUCUGGAUUUUUUUGUUGUUAUUCUGUCUCUCACUGUUCAAAUAAACCUACCAUUAAAAUUAUAGACUGAUCAUUUCUUUGUCAGUGGUCAAACGUACAAAAUCAGCAGGGGAUCAAAUACUUUUUUCCCCUCACUGUAUGUGUUUUUUCAUCAUUUUGAUGUCUUCACUAUUAUUCUACAAUGUAGAAAAUAGUAAAAAUAAAGAAAAACCCUUGAAUGAGUAGGUGUGUCCACACUUUUGACUGGUACUGUAUCUUAAUUCCAUUCGUUGACUUUUUAGAUUUGUGUGUAUUGUUGUGUAUUGUUAGAAAAUACUGCACUGUUGGAGCUAGGAACACAAGCAUUUUGCUACACCCGCAAUAACAUCUGCUAAAUAUGUGUAUGCGACCAAUAUAAUUUGAUUUAAUUUGUGAAGACGUCUUUUCAGACCUUAGUAAGAGGGAUUCAAAAUGGUCUAAUUGUCUUGACCUUCCCAGAGUAUAAGCAGAAGUGGGAUUGGACAUGUGUGAUUUGUUGGUGGACUGAAGUGAGAUUACCCUCAUGUGAUCAGGGUUUGCCUCUGACUCGUUACCAGGAAACACUGGUAACGAGUCAGAGGCAAUUGGCUAAUCAUUAUCCAAUCACUUUCAAUUAGGAUCAAAUCAACUUAGAGAGCUGUCCAACUCAAACAAACAUGCUUACAGUUACCCUUGACAUGUCUAUUUGAUUUGUUUGUAUACUUAAGGCACUAGGUGAUGGUAUGGAAUGUCUUUGGAAUGCUUCAAUGUCUAAAAUCAGACUGUAUUGGCCCACACAUCCAACUUUAUUGGCACACACAAAUAAAUAAAGAGAGUCGCACACUCUCGCUAUAUAUAAACCCUCAGUAAUUUAUACCCAGUAAAUUACUGCGAGUUUGUAUAUAGAGUGUGCGACUCUCUUCAUACUUUUUUUUAUAGCUUGCAGUUUAUUCGCCGUUAGUCAGCACCUCCACACAAAAUAAUGUUCUCUAGCUCCAGCUUUUUAUUAGACUAUUAACACACACAUACACUCGAGAAGCUCUUUAAGUGUGACAUGGCGGGGCCUGUGGCCUGUCAGUAUGUAGAAAACAGCUGCUGUUUGUGGUAUGGUGCUGUGGAAUGUGGAGCCUUGCUUGGGGCAGUCUCUGCUUCUUCCAAUCAUUGUGCUCUACUUUAAACAACAGACAAAUCCCCAGCCUUUUCCCUUUCAACAUUACAGCUGGCAUCAUAAUGUAACUUGAUGAUAUUGGAUUACAAAUGUUUCACUCUGUGGACUUCGUGUACCUCUAAGGUAUUGUUGUUUUAGUUGAUGGUGAUGUGGAGGAUUGUAGGGGUUCCUUUAGUUUGGUCUGGAAGACUGGCAUGGUAGGGGAUGAAUUGAUUUAGCCUGGGACAGUGAUGUUUUUUCUGGGAACAUUGAUUUAAGACCAAUGUAUGCUCGUAUGCGUCAUGCCCCAGUGCUGUCCAAAGACUCUCUGUACCUGGCUGUUGUUUUGAAGGGCACUCAUGGUGAACAUAAUAGGGGAAAGAGGGGAUGGUUGACUCUAAAUGACCUGCAUCCCAAUCAAAAAUUCCUAACUUUUAGAUGUCCAUGAUCUAAUGUGAACCCUUAGUUUCCCGUUUGUAUACUCAUAACUGUCACGCUCUGGCUCCGGGACUUUGUAUGUUGAGCCAGGGUGUGUUCGUUUCGUUGUGUUCUGUUUGGUUGGGUUGUUCUAUGUGGUUGUAUUUCUUUGUUUGGAUGAGUGACUCCCAAUCAGAGGUAACGAGUGUCAGCUGUUUGGCUCGUUGUCUCUGAUUGGGAGCCAUAUUUAUAAUGUCUGUUUUCACCUUGUGUUUGUGGGUUUUUGUUCCUUGUCAGUCAUUGUCUGAGGACGUUACGUAUCGUUUAUUGUUUUGUAUUCGUGUUUGCACUUUACUAUUAAAGUAUGUUCGCUCAACACGCUGCGCCUUGGUCCUCUCUAACCAACGAUCGUGACAGAAAAACCCACCUUAACCAGAUCAAGCAGCGUGACGAGGAGAGAGGAUGGACGUGGGAGGAGAUGAUUGCGAGUCUGGCAAGAGGGAGAGAGGCCUGGGCCACGGGGAGGAGAGACCCCCAGGAAAUGUUUAGGGGGGGGCUCACGACGUCGGGGCAGCAGGUGUACGGGUUAGAGCGGUGCAAAGCGUUGGCAGAGAAGGCCGCCAGGUUAGGGGGGCCACUGGGCACAGAGGAGAGGGAAAGUGUGGAGGCACGGCGAGAGGUACUGGGGUGUGUUACCAGUCCGGUCCGGCCCGUUCCUGAUCCCUGCGUGGGGCCAGUGGUGUGUGUCCCCAGUACGGUCCGGCCUGUUCCUGCCAUUCCCACCAAGGCAGUGGUGCGCGUCGUCAGCCCAGCCCGGCCUGUUCCUGCCAUUCCCACCAAGUCUGUGGUGUGCGUCGACAGCCCGGCCCGGCCUGUUCCUGCCAUUCCCACCAAGUCAGUGGUGCGCGUCGUCAGCCCAGCCCGGCCUGUUCCUGCCAUUCCCACCAAGUCAGUGGUGCACGUCGUCAGCCCAGCCCGGCCGGUUCCUGCCAUUCCCACCAAGUCAGUGGUGUGCGUCGACAGCCCAGCCCGGCCUGUCCCUGCUCCACGCACCAAGCCUACGAGGUGCGUCGCCAGUCCAGCCCGGCCUGUCCCUGCUCCACGCACAAAGCCUACGGUGUGCGUCGCCAGCCCAGCCCGGCCUGUUCCUGCUCCACGCACAAAGCCUACGGUGUGCGUCGCCAGCCCAGCCCGGCCUGUCCCUGCUCCACGCACAAAGCCUACGGUGUGCGUCGCCAGCCCGACCCGGCCUGUUCCUGCCACUCGCACCAAACCAGGGGUGCGAGUCGCCAGCCUGGUCCAACCCGUUCCUGCUACUCGCACCAAGCCAGGGGUGCGAGGCGUCAGCCUGGUCCAGCCCGUUCCUGCUACUCGCACCAAACCAGGGAUGCGAGUCGUCAGCCUGGUCCAGCUCGUUCCUGCUACUCGCACCAAACCAGGGAAUGGAGUCGUCAGUCCGGUGAGGCCCGUUCCUGUUCCACGCACCAAGCCAGGGGCGCGUGUCAUCAGUCCGGCUCCGACCAGCGGGGCUAGACAGGACCAGGGGUACUUUGGGGGGUUGGAGAGGAGGUGGGGAUCAGGGCCGGAGCCAGAACCACCGCCGAGGAGGUAUGCCCACCCAGCCCUCCCUUGUUUAGCCCUUAUUGAGGCGCGGUCGCAGUCCGCGCCUUUAGGGGGGGGGUACUGUCACGCUCUGGCUCCGGGACUUUGUAUGUUGAGCCAGGGUGUGUUCGUUUCAUUGUGUUCUGUUUGGUUGGGUUGUUCUAUGUGGUUGUAUUUCUUUGUUUGGAUGAGUGACUCCCAAUCAGAGGUAACGAGUGUCAGCUGUUUGGCUCGUUGUCUCUGAUUGGGAGCCAUAUUUAUAAUGUCUGUUUUCACCUUGUGUUUGUGGGUUUUUGUUCCUUGUCAGUCAUUGUCUGAGGACGUUACGUAUCGUUUAUUGUUUUGUAUUCGUGUUUGCACUUUACUAUUAAAGUAUGUUCGCUCAACACGCUGCGCCUUGGUCCUCUCUAACCAACGAUCGUGACAAUAACAGAACAUUCAUUAAUGUUACAAUAACUGCUGUGUUUAGAGCCACAUGAAACAAUGGACUCAAAGCUACUGAAAACAACAUCCAAAUGCAGUCACACUAGAGUGGUAGACAGUUUGUCCCAUUGUCCCCCUCAGGUGCUCCCACCAGAUGAACGCCACUCAGGAGGAGCAGGACAUUGUCACGGUGACGUUGUUGAGUCCUUCCUUUGGGAAGACGGAGGUGGAGAGCAGGCUGAACAUCACCACGGGAAGAUUCCACACGCUGGAGUGUGUGGCCACCGUGGAGGGAGAGCAGGACUACACACUGUUCUCUAUCAGUGGUGAGUUGUGGUGACGCACUCAUGCACGCACGCGCACACACACACACACAGUUACUGGGAGGGUGUUGUCUAUACCUCUGUGAUAGGGUGGAAGCUCAUCAUCCUGGUACGUGUGGGCAUGACUGUGUGUGUGUCAGCAAUUACUCCUGGCUAAACACUUUCGAAACACACGCACAUACACCCUGCAAAAAUGUGUUGUUUUUAAGAGGUGAGUUUUGCAUAGCCUUGUCUUGUCACACCUCAAGCAGAACACUUUGUAGGCUCAAUGAGAAAAACACAGACAUCUCACUCUCCUGACUCUACCAGCUCAGACAAUGUAUCUCUCUGGUCCCAUUCCCUGGAAUUUAGCAUUCAGUCUUUUUCAUAUUGGCCCAGAUAUACAUUAAUAAACUGAUGCCUUCCUUAUCAGCUGAUAGCUGUGUUUGUGAUUGUGAACAAUGGACUAUUUCUCUCUCUCUCGCACACCCACACAUACACACACACAUACACACACAAGCAGUAUACACAAGAGUUGGGAGUUGUUGGGGGGCUUGGGGGUGUUAAGGUGGUCUUGGCGUCAGCUAGUCUGUCCGUGUGUUUUUAAAUGGAUGUGUUUGGUGUUAAUCCCUAGGAUAUCCCUACUUUGGGAUUAGAGUUAAGUACAGUGUCAACAAACCUAAAGAGGACACAGUGACUGGAAGGUGUCUGUGGUUGGUUGUUGUUCCUCUACAAUCUGGCAAUCCCAUUCAGGCGUCUCUCAUUAGAAAACGCUUUUAUAGACAAUACUCAAUAUGAAAAAUUCACAAAUGAAUGUCAUUAAUGCAGUACUAACUAGACUACAUUACAUGAACUACAUUACGUCCCAUCUGUAAUUGGUACAGAUAAACCCAGGGUCACCAAGGCCAUUCAGGUCAGACAACUCAUUCCUUCUCCCAUUAUGUCUAACCUGAGAUAUCACAGUGCCAUCCGUUUUGUCACCAAAGCCCCAUAUGCUACCCACCAUUGUGACCUGUACGCUCUCGUUGGCUGGCCCUCACUACAUAUUCGUCGCCAAACCCACUGGCUCCAGGUCAUCUAUAAAUCACUGCUAGGCAAGUCCCCGCCUUAUCUUAGCUCAUUGGUCACCAUAGCAACACCCACCCGUAGUAUGCGCUCCAGCAGGUAUAUCUCACUGGUCAUCCCCAAAGCCAACACCUCCUUUGGCCGCCACUCCUUCCAGUUCUCUGCUGCUAAUGACUGGAACGAACUGCAAAAAUCUCUGAAGCUGGAGACUCAUCUCCCUCACUAACUUUAAGCAUCAGUUGUCAGAGCAGCUUACCGAUCACUGCACCUGUACACAGCCCAUCUGUAAUUAGCCCACCCAACUACCUCAUCCCCAUAUUGUUAUUUAUUUUGCUCAUUUGCACCCCAGUAUCUAUAUUUGCACAUCAUCUUCUGCACAUCUAUCACUCCAGUGUUAAUACUAAAUUGUAAUUAUUUUGCACUAUGGCCUAUUUAUUGCCUUACCUCCAUAACUUACUACAUUUGCACACACUGUAUAUAGAUUUUCUAUUGUGUUAUUGACAGUAUGUUUUUGUUCAUCUCAUGUGUAACUCUGUGUUGUUGUUGUUGUUUUUAUCGCACUGCUUUGCUUUAUCUUGGCCAGGUCGCAGUUGUAAAUGAGAACUUGUUCUCAACUGGCCUACCUGGUUAAAUAAAAUUUAAAAAAAGAUGCAGAGUUACAGCUGUUUCUCUUUCUGUGGAUCAAGGUCAUUUAAGUUAUACGCACCAUCAACACUCACCCAAACUCCUCAGUUCAACGCAAAGGAUUUCUCAAUUUGGUUAAUCUGAAUGUUUAUGAAAGACUUGGAUUUUGACAUAGAUCUUACCCAUUGAUAGAGGUUCAAGAUUAAACAUUGAUAUAGGCCUGGAGUCUCUUAUGUAAACAUAGGCAGAGCAAGAUACAACAAACGUGUGUGAUAAUGUGUCAUCACUUACUGGCAGAAAUGGUCAUCAGUGGUAGGGGCAUAGAGUACUUUUGGACCACAAAUCCAGCUAUCUAGAACAUCCUGUUUAUAUACUGUGGGAUGCGAUAGUGGAGUAUGACGGCACUUGAAGCAAGAGUGAGAAGAGAGUUGUCUUGGUGUGGGUAUGAAGAUGAGAUUGGUAUGGUGUAGAGGAGGAGGGGUAGCUGCCUGGACACAGUGGGCAUGUUGGUGGGCAUUAUGGACGAGGAGUGUGUGUAGCCAGGCAGGACAGACCUGUGGGAGCAUGUGCCCAGGCUUUAGCGCUCCUCUCGGCAGAGUAGGACAGACGCUUGGAGACGUGCAGGGAAGUCUGGCGCACAGUGGGAGUCCUGGCCGCACUGAGUGUUUAGACGUUGUGGGAAUUUUGGAUGCAGCCCGCCAGGGAGCCAGCGAGCUGUAGGGAAAUAAAAUAGGGAUGGAGGGAAAGCUUUAAAAGCCACUGACAGGUUUACAGACGAUUAGUUCCUGCAUACUCUGCAUUCUCAGAUGAUUUGAAAUGGAGAGAAAGCCUCUUAUGGCUAAAGAGCUUAUUACACUCCAGUGUACAGAGCUAGCAAAACAAUAACACACCACAAACCGCUACACAAAGGAACAGAAGACUCAUUAUACAGAAAUUAUACAUAACAACAACAACAGCAGCAGCAGUAUCACGUCAUGCUGCACAGCAUUACUACAUGCUGCACAACUAUAAUGGGAAUUAAGGAAAUAGGUAAUAAAUAGUAUAAAAAAUAAUUAACAAAAUACAGAAAACACAAUUCGAUUCAAAUAAUAUGAUUACUUUUGUGUGAUCACUGAAAGACAACAAUGUAGCAUAUAUGAUACUGCACUCUACAAUGCUAAAAGGCUAAUAUGUUGCCAAACAUUAAAACUGAUCUCUGUCUAUCAGUGCUCCUCACUGAUAUCUCUCUCUGUUAUCUAUCUAUCUGUUAUAUAUCUAUCUCUAACGUUACACUGAUAAUGUAUGUAUGUCUCUCUCUGGUGUGUGUCCCUGCAGAGAGAACAGUUACCCAUGAGCUCUUCACCCCUCUGCUGAUUGGAAUAGUGUCAGCAACCACCCUCCUCACCCUCAUCCUCAUAGUGCUCUUCUACAAGUACCUGCAGGUAACUACCCAAACUCACUACCUCUACUCAGGUAACUACCUCUACUCAGGUAACUACCCAAACUCACCUCUUCUCAUACAUCACAGCCACUUCUACAACGGGUUACACACCUGUGUGUAAACUUGGCAAAUUACACACAGUAAGUCAUAGGCAAAGAUAAGGUACACUAGCUCACCUUUAAAAACUUCUCAGCAAUAACUCACAGAGGUCAAUAAACUCUGUGCUGAAGUACCAUGAUUGAUGUGAGUUUAAUGGUGUCCCCUGUACUUAUCCUAAUAUAACUCUCUGCCGGCCUCAAAGAAACCCAAAUACCAGAUCCAGUGGAAAGUCAUUGAAGGUAUCCACGGAAACAACUAUGUGUAUAUUGACCCUACCCAGCUCCCAUACGACCACCAGUGGGAGUUCCCCCGGGACAAACUGCGUUUUGGUGAGUUCCUAUGCUUUCAUCACACUCAGGAAAAGCACUGUUAAUCACCAAUACAUCUCUUACAGUAUAUGUAUCAUCUCUAAUCCAGAACUGUAUGAUGUACAGUUUGUUUUUAAUAUUAUCUAGGUCUAUUUUAUAUGUGUAUCAAUCGAUAGCAGCAGGUGUUGAAAUAAGUCUAUUUUGUUUUGGUAUUUGGAGCCAGCCAAUGUAUCUUUGUUGUGACAUCAUGCCUUAUCCCAAGGUCCUGUCUCAUAAUGAUGGAUUUACACUCUAUUUGCUCACCGGUUACACUUUUACACUUUUACAUUAGCCCUGAGCCUACACUAACUGCAUGAUGUAUUUAAUGUAGCUGUUUUCUUUUAUAAAGAACACCAACCCCUCCCUCUAAGCAAACGUUCUGUUUACAUUUUGGAGGUGUUUUUUUCUUCUCCGAACCACCCCAAACAGGAUCCUGCAUGUCCUGGUGUCUGCUGGCCCCGCCCUUGCAGGAUAAACCUGGUAACAGGUGGCAGAGUCAGGAUGUGGGAGGGGAACAGGAUGGAGUAACAUUGUUCUGUCUGUCUGUGUUUCCAUGCAGGGAAAACUCUGGGCUCUGGAGCCUUCGGGAAGGUAGUGGAGGCUACUGCUUAUGGAAUGUCCAAAGCUGAUACAGUGAUGACAGUGGCGGUCAAAAUGCUCAAACGUAAGAGGUCACAAACUAUGAUUUUUUUUUUGAUAUAGCAAUAAAAAGAGACAUAUUUUGGUGACAGAUGUGUGUAUUUUAAAGUAUCUGACUGAUCAGACCUGGUCAGGUCACACGGUCAGAGUGAACCCCUGCCCCUAAUUAUGAGUGCUAAACACCUGGAUAUUUGACUAAAUGUAUUUGACUAGCUACUGACCGUGUGUGUAUGUUUGUUUGUAUGUUUGUGUGGGUGUAUGCAGUGAUGUACACUAUACAGUGCAUUCAGAAAGUAUUCAGACCCCUUGACUUUUUCCAUAUUUUGUUACGUUACAGCCUUAUUAUAAAAUGGGUUCAAUUGUUUUUUCUCCUCAUCAGUCUACACUCAAUAUCCCAUAAUGACAAUGCAAAAACAGGUUUUUAGAAAUGUUUGCAAGUUUAUUAAAAAGAAAAAAGAGAAAUACCUUAUUUACAUAAGUAUUCAGACCCUUUGCUAUGAGACUCAAAAUUGAGCUCAGGUGCAUCCUGUUUCCAUUAAUCAUCCUUGAGAUGUUUCUACAACUUGAUUGGAGUCCAUCUGUGGUAAUUUCAAUUGAUUGGACAUGAUUUGGAAAGGCACACUACCGUCUAUAUAAGGUCCCACAGUUGACAGUGCAUGUCAGAGCAGAAACCAAGCCAUGAGGUCGAAGGAAUUGUCUGUAGAGCUCCAAUACAGGAUUGUGUCGAGGCACAGACCUGGGGAAGGGUACCAAAACAUUUCUGCAGCAUUGAACAUCCCCAACAACACAGUGGCCUCCAUCAUUCUUAAAUUGAAGAAGUUUGGCCAAACUGAGCAAUCGGGGGAGAAGGGCAUCGGUCAGGGAGGUGACCAAUAAGAAAUGGUCACUCUGACAGAGCUCCAGAGUUCCUCUGUGGAGAUGAGAGAACCUUCCAGAAGGACAACCAUCUCUGCAGCACUCCACCAAUCAAGCCUUUAUGGUAGUGGCCAGAUGAAAGCCACUCCUCAGUAAAAGGCACAUGACAGCCCGCUCGGAGUUUGCCAAAAGGCACCUAAAGGACUCUCAGACCAUGAGGAACAAGAUUCUCUGGUCUGAUGAAACCAAGAUUGAACUCUUUAGCCUGAAUGCCAAGCAUCACGUAUGGAUGAAAUCUUACAGUGAAGCAUGGUGGUGGCAGCAUCAUGCUGUGGGGAUGUUUUUCAGCUGCAGGGACGGGGAGACUAGUCAGGAUCGAGGGAAAGAUGAACGGGGCAAAGUACAGAGAGAUCCUUGAUGACAACCUGCUCCAGAGCCCUCAGGACCUCAGACUGGGGCGAAGGUUCACCUUCCAACAGGACAACGACCAUAAGCACACAGCCAAGACAAUGCAGGAGUGGCUUUGGGACAAGUCUCUGAAUGUCCUUGAGUGGCCCAGCCAGAGCCCAGACUUGAACCUGAUCGAACAUCUCUGGAGAGACCUGAAAAUAGCUGUGCAGCGACGCUCCCCAUCCAACCUGACAGAGCAUGAGAGAAUCUGCAGAGACGAAUGGGAGUAACUCCCCAAAUACAGGUGUGCCAAGCUUUUAGUGUCAUACCCAAGACGACUCAAGGCUAUAAUCGCUGCCAAAAGUGCUUCAACAAAGUACUGAGUAAAGGGUGAAUACUUAUGUAAAUAUUAUAUUUCAGUUUUUAUUUUUAAUAAAUUAGCAAAAAAUUCGAAAAACCUGUUUUUGCGUUGUCAUUAUGGGGUAUUGUGUGUAGAUUGAUGAGGGAAUUUUUUUUUUUAAAUCCAUUUUAGACAUGGCAAAAUGUGGAAAAAGUGAAGGGGUCUAAAUACUUUCCGAAUGCACUGUAUAUACAAAAGUAUGUGGACACCCCUAUGGAUUUGGCUAUUUCAGCCACACACGGUUCUGUCAGGUGUAUAAAAUUGAGCACACAGCCAUGCAAUCUCCAUAGACAAAUAUUGACAGUAGAAUGGCCUUAUUGAAGAGCUCAGUGACUUUCAACGUGGCACCAUCAUAACAUGCCACCUUUCCAACAAGUCAGUUCGUCAAAUUUCUGCCUGCUAGAGCUGCCCCGGUCAACUGUAAGUGCUGUUAUUGUGAAGUGGAAACGUAUUGGAGCAACAACGGCUCAGCCGCGAAGUAGUAGGCCACACAAGCUCACAGAACGGGACCGCCGAGAGCUGAAGCACGUAGCACUAAAAAUCGUCUGUCCUCGGUUGCAACACUCACUACCGAGUUCCAAACUGCCUCUGGAAACAACGUCAGCACAAUAACUGUUCCUCGGGAGCUUCGUGAAAUGGUUUUCCAUGGCCAAGCAGCCGCACACAAGCCUAAGAUCACCAUGCACAAUGCCAAGCGUCGUCUGGAGUGGUGUAAAACUCGCCACCAUUGGACUCUGGAGCAGUGGAAAGGCGUUCUCUGGAGUGAUGAAUCAUGCUUCACCAUCUGGCAGUCCAACAGACGAAUCUGGGUUUAGAGAAUGCCAGGAGAACGCUACCUGCCGAAUGUAUAGUGCCAACUGUAAAGUUUGGUGGAAGAGGAAUAAUAGUCUGGGGCUGUUUUUCAUGGUUCGGGCUAGGCCCCUUAGUUCCAGUGAAGGGAAACGUAGUGCUACAGCAUACAAUGACAUUCUAGACGAUUAUGUGCUUCCAACUUUGUUGCAACAGUUUGGGGAAGGCCCUUUCCUGUUUCAGCAUGACAAUGCCCCCGUGCACAAAGCGAGGUCCAUACAGAAAUGGUUUGUUGAGAUCGGUGUGGAAGAACUUGACUGGCCUGCACAAAGUCCUGACCUCAACCCCAUCAAACACCUUUGGAAUGAAUUAGAACAUCGACUGAGAGCCAGGCCUAAUCGCCCAACAUCAGUGCCCGACCUCACUAAUGCUCUUGUGGCUUAAUGGAAGCAAGUCCCCGCAGCAAUGUUCUAACAUCUAGUGGAAAGCCUUCCCAGAAGAGUGGAGGCUGUUAUAGCAGCAAAGGGGGGACCAACUCCGUAUUAAUGCCCAUGAUUUUGGAAUUAGAUGUUAGACAAGCAGGUGUCCACAUACUUUUGGUCAUGUAGUGUAUGUAUGAUUGUUACACCAACAGCGGCCAGAGGUGUUUGAGCUACUGUAGCAUGUCAAACUAGCCAGAGGCUAUAUUUCCUAUGAUGUUUUCUUUGAUGAUGACUUUAAAGCACUUUUAAAUGAUCAUGUUCUGGUGUUGUUUCCACAGCCAGUGCCCAUGCCACAGAGAAGGAGGCUCUGAUGUCAGAGCUGAAAGUUCUCAGUUACCUGGGAAACCACAUGAACAUUGUCAACCUGCUGGGAGCCUGUACUGUUGGAGGUAAGGGGCAGUAUGUCUGGAGGACUGUAGUGUUUAUUCUCAUUCUAAUCUAUGCUACUAUCAAUCUGAAGGGAGUGGGUAACUGGAAACUAAGUUUGGCAGAGGUUUUUGAGAUACAGUAAUAAUCUGAACAGUCCUCCCUUUUAUCACCAAUGAUUAUAUGGCUUGUUGGCAAUGAUCCGUCUAAGCUGCGUACAGGUGCAGAGCACAAAACAUGUACAUUUCUAGACAUCUUUGGAGAGCUUUUUGUUUUGUCUUAAAGGGGUAGUGUUGUAUUUUUAGACAGGCUUGAAUAAGCUAAGUAGCCAAUAGGCAGAGGGUAGCAUAAUUUGUCUGAUUCUCUUUAAUAAUGGUAUGGGAAUAAUAAUACAUUUUAUUUUGUAAAGUGGUUUCUUGCAUCAAACAACACAACAACAUUUCCAGUCACCACCUUGUCUGAAGGACUAGUGGAUAAACAGGUUAAUUUCAAUCAUUGCAUGUUUUGUUUUUUUAAAGUCUCAUGGAAUGUAGGCCCACAUUGAACACCACACAUCGUGGUCCUCUGUAGCUCAAUUGGUAGAGCAUGGCGCUUGUAACGCCAGGGUAGUGGGUUCGAUCCCCGGGACCACCCAUACGUAAAAAUGUAUGCACACAUGACUGUAAGUCGCUUUGGAUAAAAGCAUCUGCUAAAUGGCAUAUUAUAUUAUAUUGGCUACUACUGAAGGCUGAGUGAUAGAACAGCUAUUUACAUAUUAAAAUAAUAUGGGAUGCAUUUUCUCCAUUGUUUUUAAUGGUAGGCCACUCUGGUAGGCCUACAUUAUGAUCAAAUAGCCACAGUAGCCUACUUGGCCACUGUUAAAACUGUAACUUAAAGCAGGUACAACCUCAGUGUUCAGAGUAAACGCGCCUUGGAAGUUGCACAGAAUUUUCACAACGUUAAAGUUUGCACUCAGUAGACCAGAAAUUUGAUCAGUGCCUCCCAAAAAUUGAGGGAACAUUGCUUGUUGGGCAUUAUAAUUGUUUACUAUUCAGUGUAUAAAUGUUUUAUGAUAUAGGAGUGGUGCUGCUGAAACUUGCUGUACUUGUGGGAGUGGUGCUUCUGAAACUUGCCGUACUUGUAGGAGUGAGUGGUGCUCCUGAAACUUGCUGUACUUGUAGGAGUGGUGCUGCUGAAACUUGCUGUACUUGUAGGAGUGGUGCUCCUGAAACUUGCUGUACUCAUUUUGGGGUGUCUAUAUUUCAUGGUGUUUUGUUUGUCUUUGUUUGUCUUUAGUGUGUUGUUUCUACGUGGAGGACUUUCAUGUGACUGACCAUGGCUAUUUGUCUCCAUGUCUUUAGGCCCAACCCUGGUGAUCACAGAGUAUUGCUGCUUCGGUGACCUCCUCAACUUUCUGAGGAGGAAGAGGGAGACGUUCUUUUGCGCCAAGCUAGGGGAGGACUGCUACUACAGGAAUGUAAUGUUGCAGAGGGAGACAGCUACAGCUGGGUCAGAUGGGUCAGUGUGGACUCAUUAGGUUUACAAGGAGAGGGUGGUAGUUGGGUGUGGGUGGUAUAUACUGUAAUUCUCACUGCACACUUUGUACUGUAUAUAUGUACUGUUGCUUGUGUCAUCUCACCUGCUCACAAAAGUAAAUACCACUGCCGUUGUUCUCCCACCCACUGGAAAAUUCCCCAAUUUAACUAAGCAUACAGUACUUUCAUGGUCUAUAAGGCAGGACAAGUCUACACUUUAAACUGACUACUCUUUGUUGUUAUUGAGAAAACAUACUUACAGUAAAUGUAAAUGUCUCUGGAGAUUCAUAAAUGUUUAUAUAAGGGAGUAUUUCUUACCUAGUGUGUAGUAGUUAUGUGUAGUAUUUGAUGGCAACUGAACUGAGACCAGACUGCUUAUUUCCUCCUCGCAGAGACAGCAGGAAUGGCUACAUGGAUAUGAGGCCUUCUGUCGCUGGUGUCCUGCCCAAUGGCUUCUUCUCAGAGAAGAGACGCUCGAUACGCAAAGCAGGCAAGACAUCCACUUUUAUAUUCAUUGAUAAUUAUCACAUACAGUACCAGUCAAAAGUUUGGACACACCUACUCAUUCAAGGGUUUUUCUUUAUUUGUACAAUUUUCUACAUUGUAAAAUAAUGGAAUUAUGUAGUAACCAAAGAAGUGUUAAACAAAUCAAAAUAUAUUUUAUAUUUGAGAUUCUUCAAAGUAGCCACCCUUUGCCUUGAUGACAGCUUUGUACACUCUUGGCAUUUUCUCAGCCAGCUUCAUGAGGUAGUCACCUGGAAUGCACUUUUUAAAAGUUAAUUUGUGGAAUUUCUUUCCUUCUUGAUGCGUUUGAGCCAAUCAGUUGUGUUGUGACAAGGUAGGGGUGGUAUACAGAAGAUAGCCCUAUUUAGUGAAAGAUCAAGUCCAUAUUAUGGCAAGAACAGCUCAAAUAAGCAAAGAGAAACGACAGUCCAUCAUUUAUUUAUUUUUUAUUUUUAUUUAUUUUUCACCUUUAUUUAACCAGGUAAGCCAGUUGAGAACAGGUUCUCAUUUACAACUGCGACCUGGCCAAGAUAAAGCAAAGCAGUGCAAUAAAAACAACACAGAGUUACAUAUGGGGUAAAAAACAUAAAGUCAAAAAUACAACAGAAAAUAUAUAUACAGUGUGUGAUGGAGGUAAGGCAAUAAAUAGGCUAUAGUGCAAAAUAAUUACAAUAGUAUUAACACUGGAAUGCUAGAUGUGCAAGAGAUGAUGUGCAAAUAGAGAUACUGGGGUGCAAAAGAGCAAAAUAAAUAACAAUAUAGGGAUGAGGUAGUUGGGUGGGCUAAUUUCAGAUGGGCUGUGUACAGGUGCAGUGAUCGGUAAGGUGCUCUGACAACUGAUGCUUAAAGUUAUUGAGGGAGAUAAGAGUCUCCAGCUUCAGAGAAUUUUGCAAUUCGUUCCAGUCAUUGGCAGCAGAGAACUGGAAGGAAUGGCGGCCAAAGGAGGUGUUGGCUUUGGGAAUGACCAGUGAGAUAUACCUGCUGGAGCGCAGACUACGGGUGGGUGCUGCUAUGGUGACCAAUGAGCUAAGAUAAGGCGGGGAUUUGCCUAGCAGUGAUUUAUAGAUUGCCUGGAGCCAGUGGGUUUGAUGACGAACAUGUAGUGAGGACCAGCCAACAAGAGCGUACAGGUCACAGUGGUGGGUAGUGUAUGGGGCUUUGGAGACAAAACGGAUGGCACUGUGAUAGACUACAUCCAAUUUGCUGAGUAGAGUGUUGGAGGCUAUUUUGUAAAUGACAUCGCCGAAGUCAAGGAUCGGUAGGAUAGUCAGUUUUACGAGGGCAUGUUUGGCAGCAUGAGUGAAGGAGGCUUUGUUGCGAAAUAGGAAGCCGAUUCUAGAUUUAACUUUGGAUUGGAGAUUCUUUAUGUGAGUCUGGAAGUUGAGUUUACAGUCUAACCAGACACCUAGGUAUUUGUAGUUGUCCACAUACUCUAGGUCAGACCCGUCGAGAGUGGUGAUUCUAGUCGGGUGGGCGGGUGCCAGCAGCGUUCGAUUGAAAAGCAUGCAUUUAGUUUUACUAGUGUUUAAGAGCAGUUGGAGGCUACUGAAGGAGUGUUGUAUGGCAUUGAAGCUCGUUUGGAGGUUUGUUAACACAGUGUCCAAUGAAGGGCCAGAUGUAUACAAAAUGGUGUCGUCUGCGUAGAGGUGGAUCUGAGAGUCACCAGCAGCAAGAGCGACAUCAUUGAUAUACACGGAGAAAAGUGUCGGCCCAAGAAUUGAACCCUGUGGCACCCCCAUAGAGACUGCCAUAGGUCCAGACAACAGGAUUUGACACAUUGAACUCUAUCUGAGAAGUAGUUGGUGAACCAGGCGAGGCAGUCAUUUGAGAAACCAAGGCUAUUUAGUCUGCCAAUAAGAAUGCGGUGGUUGACAGAGUCGAAAGCCUUGGCCAGGUCGAUGAAGACGGCUGCACAGUACUGUCUAUUAUCAAUCGCGGUUAUAAUAUCGUUUAGGACCUUGAGCGUGGCUGAAGUGCACCCAUGACCAGCUCGGAAACCGGAUUGCAUAGCGGAGAAGGUACGGUGGUAUUCGAAAUGGUCGGUGAUCUGUUUGUUAACUUGGCUUUCAAAUACUUUCGAAAGGCAGGGCAGGAUGGAUAUAGGUCUGUAGCAGUUUGGAUCUAGAGUGUCACCCCCUUUGAAGAGGGGGAUGACCGCGGCAGCUUUCCGAUCUCUGGGGAUCUCAGACGUUAUGAAAGAGAGGUUGAACAGACUAGUAAUAGGGGUUGCGACAAUUUCGGCGGCUAGUUUUAGAAAGAAAGGGUCCAGAUUGUCUAGCCCAGCUGAUUUGUAAGGGUCCAGAUUUUGCAGCGCUUUCAAAACAUCAGCUGUCUGAAUUUGUGUGAAGGAGAAGCGGGGGGGGCAUGGGCAAGUUGCAGCAGAGGGUGCAGAGUUGGUGGCCGGGGUAGUGGUAGCCAGAUGGAAAGCAUGGCCAGCUGUAGCAAAAUGCUUGUUGAAAUUCUCGAUUAUUGUAGAUUUAUCGGUGGUGAUAGUGUUUCCUAGCCUCAGUGCAGUGGGCAGCUGGGAGGAAGUGCUCUUAUUCUCCAUGGACUUUACAGUGUCCCAAAACUUUUUGGAGUUAUUGCUACAGGAUGCAAAUUUCUGUUUGAAAAAGUUAGCCUUUGCUUUCCUGACUGCUUGUGUAUAUUGGUUACUUUAAAACAUGAAGGUCAGUCAAUACGGAACAUUUCAAGAACUUUUAAAGUUUCUUCAAGUGCAGUUGCAAAAACCAUCAAGCACAAUGAUGAAACUGGCUCUCAUGAGGACCGCCACAGGAAAGGAAGACCCAGAGUUACCUCUGCUGCAGAGGAUAAGUUCAUUAGAGUUAUCAGCCUCAGAAAUUGCAGCCCAAAUAAAUGCUUCACAGAGUUCAAGUAACAGACACAUCUCAACAUCAACUGUUCAGAGGAGACUGCGAGAAUCAGACCUUCAUAGUCGAAUUGCUGCAAAGAAACCACUACUAAAGGACACCAAUAAUAAGAAAUGACUUGCUUGGGCUAAGAAACAUGAGCAAUGGACCUUAGACCCGUGGAAAUCUGUCAUUUGGUCUGAUGAGUCCAAAUUUGAGAUUUUUGGUUCCAACCACCGUGUCUUUGUGAGACGCAGAGUAGGUGAACGGAUGACCUCCGCAUGUGUGGUUCCCACUGUGAAGCAUGGAGGAGGAGUUGUGAUGGUGUGGGGGUGCUUUGCUGGUGACACUGUCUGUGAUUUAUUUAGAAUUCAAAGCACACUUAACCAGCAUGUCUACCACAGCAUUAUGCAGCGAUACGCCACCCCAUCUGGUUUGCGCUUAGUGGGACUAUCAUUUGUUUUUCAAAAGGACAAUGACCCAAAACAAACUUCCAGGCUGUGUAAGGGCUAUUUGACCAAUAAGGAGAGUGAUGGAGUGCUGCAUCAGAUGACCUGGCCUCCACAAUCCCCCGACCUCAACCAAAUCGAGAUGAGUUGGUGUCACGGAUUCAGCCGAGGCUGCCCCUCCUCCUUGCUCGGGCAGGCUUCGGCGUUUGUCGUCACCGGAGUACUAGCUGCUACCAAUCCAUGCAUCUUUGUUCGACUUGUUUUGUCUUAAUUGGUCACACCUGUUUCCCAUCAUGUAGUUAUGUCUUCCCUAUUUAACCCUCUGUCUCACACUGUGUGUUGUGAGUGUUUGUUCAUGUUUUGGUUGUCGUUAGUGUGCAGGUUUGUUCCCUCCCUGCGUGGAGGUUGUUGUUCAUUAUUUUACCUACGAGUAAAGUACGCCUUUUGAUUAGCUCUGUGUCCUGCGCCUGACUUCGCCUACCGCAUUACACUGACGCCUUGACAGAAACACGCACCAUAACAUGGAGUCAGCAGGUACAGCAAUGCCAGCCGGAUCGAUGGAGGAACGCGUCCAACAACAAGCGGCCAUGAUCCAGGCUCUCGGCACCGCUAUGGAACAAGUAGUUAAUACUAUGGAGCGAUGGGAGAGUGGAGGUAUCCCUAUACCUCCUUCCAUUACACCACCACCUACACCGAUGUCCAUCUCUUCACCAUCUGGGUCCAGUGGGAUUCGGCUCUCGCCCCCGAGGGCUUAUGACGGUACAGCUGCCGGGUGUCAGGGUUUUCUGCUCCAGGUAGAGCUCUACCUGGCAACCAUCCACCCGGCUCCCUCGGGAUACGAGAGCGUGUCCGCCCUCAUCUCCUGUCUGUCCGGUAAAGCGCUGGAGUGGGCCAACGCCGAGUGAGGGGGAAUAGACGCCGCAACUGUAAGCUAUGCGGAAUUUACCUGCCGCUUUAGGGCGCUAUUCGAUCAUCCACCAGAGGGGAGAGUGGCGGGUGAGCGUCUAUUCCACCUCAGACAGGGGAAGAGGAGCGCGCAGGAUUUUGCGCUGGACUUUCGGACUCUGGCUGCCAGCGCAGGAUAGAAUGAGAGGGCCCUCAUCGACCACUACCGUUGCAGAUUAAGGGAGGACGUUCGUCGGGAAUUGGCCUGCAGGGACACCAACCUAAACCUGGACCAACUGGUGGAUAUGUCAAUCUGACUGGAUAACCUAUUGGCCACCCGUGGACGUCCAGAUCAGGGGCCGUCCAUUCCAUCCCCCAGCACCUCCGACCCUACCCUUAUGGAGCUCGGAGGUGCUGCUAUGAGGGAGACCGGUAGAGGGGCCGUCCCCUGCACCAACUGUGACCGCAGAGGACACACUGCUGGUCGGUGCUGAGGAGGGCCUUCAAGGAGUCGAGGCAGUAGGCAGCGCACUGGUGAACCGUUUCAGGUGAGUAGGCACCCAACUCACCCAGAGCUCCCUGUUGCGCAUAUGUGUAUAAAUGUUGUAUUUCCCGAGUUUUCUUCUCAUUCCCAGCAUAAGGCGCUAGUAGAUUCAGGCGCAGCUGGGAACUUUAUUGAUCGUCAGUUUACCCGUAGGUUAGGGAUUCCUAUUGUGUCAGUUGAUGUGCUCUUCCCUAUACAUGCCCUAGAUAGUCACCAUUUAGGGUCGGGUCUGAUUAGGGAGGUCACAGCGCCACUAUGGAUGAAGACGCAGGAGGGGCAUGAGGAAAUAAUUAGUCUAUAUCUGAUUGAUUCUCCUGCAUUUCCAGUGGUGUUGGGGCUUCCCUGGUUAACUUCUCAUGACCCCACUAUUUCAUGGCAACAGAGGGUUCUCAAGGGAUGGUCAAGCCAGUGCUUGGGGAGGUGUGUAGGUGUUUCCGUAGGGGCAACUACGGUGGAAAGUCCAAACCAGGUUCCCACCAUACACAUUCCGCCUGAAUAUGCCGAUUUGGCUCUCGCCUUCUGUAAAAAGAAGGCGACUCAAUUACCACCCCAUCAACAGGGGGAUUGUGCGAUAAACCUCCAGGUAGGCGCUGCGCUUCCACGAAGUCACGCGUAUCCUCUGUCACAGGAAGAGACGGCGCCUAUGGAAACAUAUGUCACCGAAUCUCUGAGACAAGGAUACAUUUGGCCGUCCACUUCCCCUGUGUCAUCGAGUUUCUUUUUUGUGAAGAAGAAGGAUGGUGGCUUACGCCCGUACAUUGACUACCGUGGUCUAAAUCAGAUCACUGUAAAAUACAGCUAUCCAUUACCUCUGAUUGCGAGCAUGACGGAGUCAUUGCACGGGGCACGCUUCUUCACGAAAUUGGAUCUCAGGAGCGCGUACAACCUGGUGCGUAUCCGGGAGGGAGAUGAGUGGACGACGGUAUUUAGUACCACCUCGGGGCACUAUGAGUACCUCGUCAUGCCAUACGGUUUGAUUAAUGCUCCUUCAGUCUUCCAAUCUUUUGUUGAUGAGAUUUUCAGGGACCUGCAUGGACAGGGUGUAGUGGUGUAUAUUGAUGACAUUCUCAUAUACUCCGCUACACAGGCCGAGCAUAUGUCCCUGGUGUGUCAGGUGCUUGGUCGACUGUUGGAGCAUGACCUGUAUGUGAAGGCGGAGAAAUGUCUGUUCUUCCAAGAAUCCAUCUCCUUCCUAGGACACCGCCUGUCCGCGUCAGGUGUGGAGAUGGAGAUUGACCGCAUUUCGGCUGUGCGUAAUUGGCCGACUCCAACCACGGUGAAGGAGGUGCAGCGAUUCUUGGGUUUUGCCAAUUACUACCGGAGGUUUAUUCAGGGCUUUGGUCAGGUAGCGGCUCCCAUUACCUCCUUGCUAAAGGGAGGACCGGUGCAUCUACAAUGGUCAGCUGAGGUGGACAGGGCUUUUGGGCAUCUGAAGGACCUGUUUACUUUGGCUCCGGUGCUGGCUCAUCCGGAUCCUUCCUUGGCAUUCCAGGUUGAGGUGGACGCGUCCGAGGCUGGGAUUGUAGCUGUACUGUCUCAGCGCUCGGGUACGCCACCAAAACUCCGCCCCUGUUCUUUCUUUUCUAAGAAGCUCAGUCCGGCGGAGCGCAACUAUGAUGUGGGGGACCGGGAGCUCUGAAGGUGUGGAGGCAUUGGCUUGAGGGGGCUAAACACCCUUUUCUUAUUUUGACUGACCAUCGUAAUCUGGAGUACAUCGAGGAGGCUGAACCCUCGUCAGGCAAGGUGGGCCAUGUUCUUCACACGUUUUGUGUUUACUCUCACUUACAGACCAGGUUCCCAGAACGGUCAUCCUGGCAUCGUUCAGACAGUGCACUGUCUUAGUGGGAAGUACUGGUGGCCCACUUUAGCCAAGGACGUGAGAGUUUAUGUUUCCUCCUGCUCGGUGUGCGCCCAGUGUAAGGCACCUAGACACCUGCCCAGAGAGAAAUUACAACCCCUACCCGUUCCACAACGGCCGUGGUCCCACCUAUCAGUGGAUUUUGUGACGGACCUUCCCCCCUCACAAGGGAACACCACGAUCCUGGUCGUUGUGGAUCGGUUUUCCAUGUCCUACCGUCUCAUUCCUAUGCCAGGUCUCCCUACAGCCCUACAAACUGCUGAGGCCCUGUUUACACACGUCUUCCGGCACUACGGGGUACCUGAGGAUAUUGUGUCGGAUCGGGGUCCCCAGUUCACCUCAAGGGUCUGGAGGGCGUUCAUGGAACGUCUGGGGUUCUCGAUUAGCCUUACCUCAGGUUUUCACCCCGAGAGUAAUGGGCAGGUGGAAAGAGUUAACCAGGAUGUGGGUAGGUUUCUGAGGUCCUAUUGCCAGGACCAGCAGGGGGAGUGGUCGGGUUAUAUCCCCUGGGCAGAGAUGGCCCAAAGCUCACUCCGCCACUCCUCUACUAACCUUACGGCUUUCCAGUGUGUGUUAGGUUAUCAGCCGGUCCUGGCACCUUGGCAUCAGAGCCAGAUCGAGGCUCCUGCGGUGGAUGAGUGGUUUCGGCACUCAGAAGAGACCUGGAACGCUGCUCAUGUACACCUGCAGUGGGCAAUCAGGCGACAAAAGGCGAGCGCCGAUCGACACCGCAGUGAGGCCCCGGUGUAUGCACCGGGGGACUGGGUCUGGCUCUCGACCCGAAACCUGCCCCUUCGCCUGCCCUGCCGGAAGCUGGGUCGGCGGUUUGUGGGGCCAUUUAAAGUCCUGAGGAGAUUGAACAAGGUUUGUUAUAGGUUACAGCUUCCUAUUAAUUACCGUAUUAACCCCUCGUUCCAUGUGUCUCUCCUCAGGCCGGUAGUGUGGUAGAAAUAUUUGACUCAAAAGUAGUCAACUCAAAAAUAUCUCUCAAGAAACUGGAGCUUGUGAAUCCAAAAAUUAGACUUUAUUAUCUAAUAACAAAAGCCGAGCAGUUCCAUCGAACAACUGUCUCUCUUUGGCUUAGAGAUCCCUUUUAUACACACACAAAUGCACAAACAUGCUUACAUGGCAUACACAGUUACUCCCCUUAUGACAAAUUCCUAACCUAUUUUAGUUAUGCGCCACCCUUCUCUUUCAACGUCCAGCUGUCACACAUGGUCCACUCCAAAAGGUAAUGAAUGCUUUUUCUAUAUGAAGCCUCUCAUUCUAUUAGUUGCGAGGCUCAGGCCCUUUGUUAAAAAAGAAUAUACAUACUGUACAUUCAUUUAAAGCACAGUUACAUACUGCAUUGGCUAUAUUCCUUAUUUAAGCAUGCAUCUGGAUUAUAAAAUAUCAAACAUGUUUAUUAUAUUUUACCUUUGGCAUCUCCCUACAUUUGCCUUAAUGAUACAUAAAAUAUGUCUAUAGUAGUAGCUGGUCCACUCCAGGAGUCUGAGGUACGGGAGGUUCCUCCGCCCCCACUGUACAUCGAGGGGGCUCCGGCGUACUCGGUCCGUUCCAUCUUGGAUUCGAGGCGUUGGGUGGGGGGCCUGCAGUAUCUCAUGAAGUGGGAGGGGUACGGUCCGGAGGAACGGUGCUGGGUCCCUAGGAGGGACAUCCUCGUUCCCUCCAUGUUGCGGGAUUUCCACCAGAGUCAUCCGACUUGCCCUGCUCCGCGUCCUCCUGGGCGUCCCAGAAGCCGCGCGUCAAGGGGGGGGGGGGGGGGGGGGGGUACUGUCACGGAUUCAGCCGAGGCUGCCCCUCCUCCUUGCUCGGGCAGGCUUCGGCGUUCAUCGUCACCGGAGUACUAGCUGCUACCGAUCCAUGUAUCUUUGUUCGACUUGUUUUGUCUUAAUUGGUCACACCUGUUUCCCAUCAUGUAGUUAUGUCUUCCCUAUUUAACCCUCUGUCUCACACUGUGUGUUGUGCGUGUUUGUUCAUGUUUUGGUUGUCGUUAGUGUGCAGGUUUGUUCCCUCCCUGCGUGGAGGUUGUUGUUCAUUCUUUUACCUACGAGUAAAGUACGCCUUUUGAUUAGCUCUGUGUCCUGCGCCUGACUUCGCCUACCGCAUUACACUGACGCCUUGACAGUUGGACCACAGAGUGAAGGAAAAGCAGCCAACAAGUGCUCAGCAAAUGUGGGAACUCCUUCAAGACUGUUGACUGUUGACAAAGCAUUCCUCAUGAUGCUGGUAUUCUACAAUGUAGAAAAUAGUAAAAGAAAAACCCUUGAAUGAGUAGGUGUGUCCAAACUUAUGACUGGUACUGUAUAUCAUUUUAGAGAGCUAAUUUAUACAACCUGCAAUAUCUCCCUCUAUACAUAGUUAAGCUUCCUUAAUAGACAAUGUUGCUCCCUCUAUGCAUCUCUCUAAUUAUCUUGCUCUAUUGCUAUGUUUCUCUCAGGUGGUUCCAGUAGUGAGCCUGAUGUUGUGAGUGAGAUGCUCCAUGAGGACAGUCUCUCUCUGGACACUGAGGAUCUGCUCAGCUUCUCCUAUCAAGUGGCCAAAGGCAUGGACUUCCUGGCUUCCAAAAAUGUAAGCCCUUAAUUUCCUCACAGAAGCUCUCCUCUCCUAAUAUAGCUCCUGAAAGCCCUCACCACUAGCUAUUCAAAACAACAGGUCUAUUUUCACUCUGCAAUUAAAUCCAGAUAGUUAAAUCCAUGAUGGUAGAUCAUGUAAAUUUCCAACCAUUCUCUAAAUAUUUUCAUUCUGUAAGUACUGUACAUUCAUGUAGACCAAGAAAAGCACUCUUUCCACUGGUAUUGUUUGUUCUAUGUAUCAGAUUACAUUUAGACACACACUAAGCUGCACACACACACAUUAGUUCCAUCUUCUUUAUUGCCAAACGCUGCCAGGGUCACAUUGCCAUAGCUGGUCAACAGGUCCAGAAUGCAUGUUUGAGCAUGCUGCUGAAAGAUGUAUAAGCCUUUAAGGCAAGCGGACACCAGACUCCAGCCAAGCUCUGUAUCAAUCAGUGUGUGUGAAACAGAUUAGGGGAAGGAAAUUUACUGUCACAAUUUAUUAGUAGUGUUUAACUGUGUUAUGUUAUCUAAUGUUACCUUAUGUUAUCUUAUUACAUUACAUUAUGUUUUAUUAUUUGUGUGUGUGUGUUCAGUGCAUCCACAGAGACCUGGCUGCCCGGAACAUUCUGCUGACCCAGGGGCGAGUGGCAAAGAUCUGUGACUUCGGCCUGGCCCGUGACAUCACUACAGACUCCAACUAUGUAGUCAAAGGCAAUGUAAGUCUGGCCCAUCACUCACUACUGGAGAUCUCAAUGUGAGUUAUAGAUACAGCCAUGGAUAUUUAGCAGUGAAAACCAUCAAUGGAAUAGUCAAGCACAGGCACAGUAUUUAUAUAAAGUCUCUCAAAACCAGUGUCAGCUAUGAGCCUGGGGGCAUGAUGGGAUAGUACUGGAUGUCCAAUUCCAUGGCAUGUGAAGUACAGUAUGUAUGUACACUGAGUGUACAAAACAUGCUCUUUCCAUGACAUAGACUGACCAGGUGAAUCCAGGUGAAAGCUAUGAUCCCUUAUUGAUGUCACUUGCUAAAUACACCUCAAUCGGUGUAGAUGAAGGGGAGGAGACCGGUUAAAUAAUUAUUUUAAAGCCUUGAGACAAUUGAGACAUCGAUUGUGUAUGUGUGCCAUUCAGAGGGUGAAUGGGCAAGACAAAAUAUUGAAGUGCCUUUGAAAGGGGUAUGGUACGUGCCAGGCGCAACGGUUUGAGUGUCAAGAACUGCAAUGCUGCUGGGUUUUUCAGACUCAACAGUUUCCUGUGUGUAUCAAGAAUGGUCCACCACUCAAAGGACAUCCAACGAACUUGACACAACUGUGGGAAGCAUUGGAGUCAAUAUGGGCCAGCAUCCCUGUGGAACGCUUUCGACACCUUGUAGAGUCUAUGCCCCGACGAAUUGAGACUGUUCUGAGUUUAAAACUCAAUAUUAGGAAGGUGUUCCUAAUGUUUUUUUUUACACUCAGUGUAUAUCUGAUGGAUCUGACAUUGUAAUGUGCACUCUGACAAGUGUGUGUUUAUGAAUUCCUUUAUUCAAGAUUAAUCAACAGCAUCUGCAAUCAUUAUUUGCUCUCUCUGGUUCUCCACCCUUCACAGCUGUAGACAGCUGAAGUGAUGGAGAUGAUGGAUUACUUCAAGGAUGUCAAGAGAUUUGCUUUGAUGCAUUUUCUGAAUACAUGAAGUGCAUCUGAUGUAUUAGACUGGUUGUGAUGGUUUGUGUUCCAUGCAGGCUCGCCUCCCAGUCAAGUGGAUGUCUCCGGAGAGCAUCUUUGAGUGUGUGUACACAUUUGAGAGUGACGUGUGGUCCUAUGGCAUCUUGCUCUGGGAAAUCUUCUCACUCGGUACAUAUGUCCACAUUAUCCUCUCUGUGUGUGUGUGUGUGUGUGUGUGUCCAUGUUUGCGAGUGCCUGUCCGUGUUUGUGUUUUCAUUGAUUUUUAUUAUCUUAUUUUCUACAUGGCCUACAGGAAGCAGUCCAUAUCCUGGGAUGCCUGUGGACUCAAAGUUCUACAAAAUGAUUAAGGAAGGAUAUAGAAUGGAUGCACCAGAGUAUGCACCGAGUGAAAUGUGAGUGUGUGUGUGCGUGUGUGUGUGUGCGUGCGUGUGAGUGCGUGCGUGUGUGUGCGUGUGUGUGUGCGCGUGUGAGUGCGUGUGUGUGCGUGUGAGUGCGUGUGUGUGUGUCUAAGUAUCUUGAGAAAGAGAAAGAGAGUAGGAGUGUGUGGGUGUGGGUGUACUAUGCAGGGGUGUGAAUAUGUGGGAUUUAAGCAGAUUGCAGAUUUUAUUACUUUCACCAUAAACUUCACCAUAAAAGCUACAUUAUUAUUGAAUGCGUUAUUAGACGUUAGCUACAUACAUUCCAUUUUCAGAAGGCUACACUUAGAGAAAAGCAUGUAAAGUAUGUUAAGUGUCAUUUUGUAAGAGAGGGGGGAGAGAUAAGGGAGGUAACAGGUGUAUGUGCUUGGUGCCAUGCUUGCGUCUGUGCUAAAUAUGUGUGUUGUGGUUUCAGGUAUGAGAUAAUGAAGUCGUGCUGGGACUCGAACCCCUUUAAGAGACACUCCUUCAGCAAGGUGGUGGAGAGGAUCGAACAACAGCUGUCAGACACCACCAAACACGUAGGUCACAGAACUCCUCUAACCUGCUUGUUUACAAAUGUUGACAGACUAUGGAUUUAAGGUAUUCACUAGAGUUUACCAGCAGUAAAUUCCAUAAUCCAUAUUCUUGAGAUUUCUUUUUUUUAAGUACCAAAAGGUCCCACCUUGAGAUGUUGCUGUAUUUAAUAGUAGCAAACUACUAUACAAAUUCAAUAAAAUAUUACCUUCCAUCAUGUUGUAGUAACGUCCCACUGGGCACACACUGGUUGAAUCAACGUUGAACCAACGUGGAAUAGACAUUGAGUUGACAUCUGUGCCCAGUGGCGUCAGCCUACUGCCCUAGCCUUUUGUAAGGGCAUGGUUGAAGAAUGUGAGUCCUCUAACUCUGUCUCCCCACCUCUCUUUGAAAAAACCUGACAGAAGUGCUGCCUUUUAAAAUACCACCUAACAAUCAGAGUUCCAACCGCUGAACACUGCUGACCAGUCAUCUGAUAAGGCCAUUCCAGCUGGUUGGGAGGCAGGUCACAGACUGUUAGAAGGACUGAUCUAGUUGUUUUGACUGAGUUAAUAUGUUACCUUUGAUCUCCCUGAGGCCCCAGGGCGUCACAGGGCCACACUGUAAACAGCAAUGUGCUGUCAUUACUCAAAUAUUUUGAGGAAACCCGUUGCACUUAACCCUCCCGUUGUCCUAGGGUCAAAAUGACCCGCCACUGUGUUGAACCAACUUUAUUUAAUUUUUAUAUUUUGGGGAUCAUUUGUGAGAAGGAGGCAGUGAGACUUUAAAGAAAGUAUCACUGCCUCCUUCUCACAAAUGAUCCAAAAAAUAUAAAAAUUAAAUAAAGUUGGUUCAACACAGUGGCGGGUCAUUUUGACCCUAGGACAACGGGAGGGUUAAUAUAUCUAAGUACACUUACGUAAAGUGAUUUUGUAGUCAUUACUCAAACCGAUGGAGUCACUGUGACCCUGUAGGGGUUGAGUUGUUGAGUUGUAUCAGCUUGAACAUUUUGAGGAAUGGCCCCACUAAGCCAUGCCUCCAAUAUAAUUUCCUAGUGUGCCUUGCCUUUUUGCGUGAAUUGUAGAAUUGCCACCCAUGACUGUAUUUGUUAGUGACAGAGACCCAUGGUUGUUGAAUUUGUUCAUUUUCAGUCCUGUGGCCUUCACCAAGUAAGUUCCCUAAUACAGUGGCCUGAAACUCAUGGUUUACAGGCCACAUCAGGCCUGCAAGUAGGGUUGAAAAAUUCUGGGAAAAUCCUGGAUUUCCAGGAAUCUCCCAGUUGUGAUUUCUGGAAAACCUGGGAAAUUUACCAGAAUUUUGCAACCCUAUCUGCAAAUCGCUUUAUGCUGGCUUGCAAAGUGAUGUUUAAUUUCUAUUCAUAAUGACUGCCAGGGUUAGCGACAGUAUGAGGAGACUACCUAAACCAUUUAAACUGUAAGGACCAUUUCUGUAACGGGUGCAAAAAAUCUAACUAAAUUAUUGGAUUUGUUUAGAAAAAUGUAUGUUAUUUAUCUUUGUGUAGCAUAAGAUUAAUCAAUCAAUCACUCAAUGUACAUGAACAAACCUGGGAAAAAAGUAAAUGUGUUAUCAUAACUUAAGUUGAUGGGACCAUUUUGUGUAAUAAUUACUUUUCAUUGACUUUGAGUUCAAUUUACUACUAGUAUUUAAGUUAAAAAUGCCUUGGGGUUUACAGUUUACAGGGAGUCCAAACAGAGUACAAAGAACAUGUCUGUGGGCUCCCCCCCACCCCAGUCAGACUAGCAGUUAACACACACGCCACACACAUCAUGCGCCACCCACACACACACACACACACACACAGUACCCACUGAACGUCACACGACAGUUAGGAAGUGAUGAAUAGGAUUGAUCACUUGUGCCAUAAUCACCUCUUUCACUGUGUCAUGAUGACUUACGCCUCUCCUCAUGAACUCAGCUCACCUCUCACUCCUGAAAUAUGCCAGUGAGAUCUGAUAGAGCGAUUUAGCUAACACAGAGCAGGUAUUCUCUUCUCACGCCUUCCCCUUCUUUAUUUAACCACGCUGCAUGUUUCUCACGCAGUAAGCAGAACUGCAAUGAAAACACCCCGCCAGCACUACAUAGAAUAUUGUAUGAACUCUCUUUCUCUCUGUUUCUCUCCGUUUCUCCCUCUCUCUGUGUAGAUUUAUCUGAACUUCAGCUCCAGGUUUCCGGUUACAAUGGGGCAACAGGUUACCAGCGUGGACCAGGGGACCCAGAAUGCCAACGUCCUUCUUCUCAACUCUGUGGGCAGCAGCAACGCCUCCACUCAGCCCCUAUUGGCCAGCACCAGCGUUGACAUCUUUCUGGGGGAGACGGACACCGGGGUCAGGGUCCACCGGGUG